AGUUUGCAAAAGCCGCAUGUCAGUUUGCAAAAAGGGAAAACCUUGCCAAAGAGAAAGCAAGUCCCCCCCCCCCCCCAGCGCAGUUGCUGCACCUUUAAGAAAAGGGAGGGACCCCUGUCCUUUUUCUGCUUCUCUCUCUUUUUUUUUUCCCCUACCCUGAGAGCAAACCAGGAAGGGAGUUCACAGCAUCAUACGGGGCUUUGCAUCUACAGUUACAGUAGGGGCAGGAACAGCAGAGAGGAGAGGAGAGAGAGAGAGAGGGAGAGGAAAAGAGAGAAAAAAGGAGGGAGGCAGGCAGGCCGGACGGGCAGAAGCUGCUCAGGAAUUGACUCCACAAACUCCAGGCGCCCCCCCUUUCCUCCUCCUCUUCCUGGCCCCCCCCCCACACCUUCAGGACCAACAAGGUAAGACCUCUGGAUCUUUCUCUUUUGGGGGGGUUUCCUUUUUUUUGCUGGUCAAGAGAUCCGAUCCCCUUUAAAAGAGAGAUCUCCCCGCUGUCAUCUUUUCCUGCUUCCUCUUGCCUUUUGCAACUUUCACCCAGGGGAUCUUGUUGGUGGGGGGGUCACAACUUUGCCUUAAGUGAGAGGAGGUUGCUGGGGGAAGGGAGGGUUUUUUGGGGUGGGGGGUGUUUUGUGGGUGGGUGGGUUUUUUCUGGGAGGGGAGAGAUGUUCAGUGGGGUGGGGGUGGGAGGAAGCUGGAGUGGGGAGGGGGGUGUUUGAAGUGCGUGGGGGGGGGAGGGAAAGCAGCCUUGAAGGUGAAAGGAGAGCCUGAAGUCAAGGGUGCUGCUGCUGGUGGUGGGGGGGCUGUGUUUGUUUUGCAUUGGGGGGGCGCAAGUGCAAUUGCACGAGAUGCAAGCUGUAUAGGGCACGUUGCAAUCUGGAAAUAUUUGCAUUUUCUGUGUGAUCUAUAUUAAUGGGGCUGGCUUGUCCCUUUGCAUUGGGGAACUGCAGGGGGUGGUUUCUGGGUGGGGGGGGAAGGUUGCAAUUAAGUGCAAAGGGGAAGCUGGAAAUAACUUUCCCCCUCCUUUCCUCCGCCUCCUUCCUGCCAAAGACCCUAUUCUGUGCUGCGUUGCAUACGUUGUACUCUUAAGGCAGGAUAUAUGUGUGUGUGUUUUUUUAAGGGAGGGGGCUUUUGCAAGCCCCAGGGAGGACAAGUGCCUUGGCUCCCUGGGAACUGUAGUCUUUCCCCCGCGCUCCGGCCUGCAGGUGCAAUGGAGGCGGGGACUACGUCUCCCGAGGUGCUCAGCGCCGGGGCCUUGCCUCGGCCUUCCGCGUGAGGCUGGCUGACGGGCGGCCGCGGCGGCCAAUGGCCGGCCCGCCUGCCGCUUCCGCUCCCUACCAGCCGCCGCCGCGGCCAAUGGCGGACCGAGGGAGGGAGGAAAGGAGGGGGAAGGGAAGGGAAAGCGGCUGAGGGCUCGAGCCAGCCCUGCCCCCGGGGGGGAGAGGUGGGGUCCGCGGGCGCGGCGACCAGGAAAGGCCGGGGAUUUGAGGCCUAGUACAAGGCCCCGGGCGGGGCUCGCUUGCCUUCCCAGCUUCCCCAAUGGGGGCUGUGAAGGGUACAGAGGGGGCAGCUGAGGCGCUGGUCCCCUCCUCACCCUUCUGAGGGGGAAUUUGAGGAGGGGGCUGCUGUUGAAGGCGGGGUGUAUGGAAACUGGGGGCAAAUAUUUUGGGGUUUUUGGGGGGGAGCUUCUGAUAUUUAGAGGGGUGAAUGUGGUGAUGGGCUUCAGGGUUUUGAAUGAUUUUAAGGUUCAAAAACUGGGGGUGGGAGCAUGAAAAUAGUUCCAAAUAGUUGUAGCAUAUUUGUUAAUAUAUUAUUAUUAUUAUUUAGACUUGCUAGUCGCUUGCUGCUCAAAGGCCUUCAGGUGACUCGCAACCUGUUCAAAAUAAGACACAUCAUAACUUUCCUUAAAAUUAAAGAAAGUCAUACAAACCACUUGCCCAAACCACCUGCCAUUCUAUCUAUCUAUCUAUCUAUCUAUCUAUCUGUCUAUCUGUCUAUUUAUCUAUUUCCUAUAUAUGCAUAUACACAACAAUAGCCACAGGAAGGUUUGGCUCCUACGGAGCUUGCGAGCCAAUGCGGCCUCGAGUUCGGAUUUCUACUUUUGGCCUAUGGACUUGCUUAAGUGCAUGGGGGCGACGGGGACGGCGGUCAGGGUUUAAAUUGUUCCUAUGCAAGUAUUUUAAAUGGUGGGAUUUGUCUGUAAAGGUUUCCAGAACAACCACAACAAAACUACUGAUGGGGGAGGCUUUAUCAAUUAAAUGGGUUCAUUAUUAUUAUUUGGCUCGGUUGGUAGAGCAAGAGUCUCUUAAUCUCAGGGUCGCCGCAUCAGACAAAAGAUUCCUGCAUUUGCAGGGGGUUGGACUAGAUGCCUCCCGGGGUCCCUUCCAACUCUGCGGUUUAAUGAUCUGAUAUGCCGUUCUCCCAUAAGUGAGGCGGUUUUUACGGUCGUAUAAAAGCAUUAAAAGACACAUUAAAAGAUGCACAUGCAGAUGUUACAAGUGAGAUGCUACCUGAGAAAAUUUGGAAACGGCUGCGCAGUUGUCAAUGAGAAAGGUCUUCAGUCAAAAGCGAGGGUGCCCGCCGCAUCUCUGUUGGAAGAGUGCUCCACGCAGCAUGGGUCUGUCAAAGCUAAAUAGCAGGUUUCUGGUUGAGGAUGUUUGGCGCUCUUCUGUAGCGCAGGGGAACAUGAGGCCCAAUUUCAUUGAUUAGGCUAGGACGUAAUAGUAAGGUUGCCUUGUACCUACCCACAUGAAUCCCCAAAAGAAAGGGAUUUGUUUGGGCAGCAGGUGAGGAAACAGCGUGUUUGCUUGCAUUGGGAUGUUAGUAUUGUAUUGGUCUUUUUUAAUUUCCUUUUAAAAAUUAGCCUCCCGAGGCAGGCUACAGAUCUCUCGAUGAAUAUUUGGAGGAAUCACCAAUGUCUGAGUUUGAACUUGGAGGGCAGAAGCUACAAAGAGAUCCCAGUGUGGCCACUGGCUGUUGUCAAGGUAGCUGAAAGGAUGUGUACAGAAACCUUUGAUUGCUUAAAAGGUGCUUUAUAGGAGGGUGGAUGUGAAAGACCCUUGUUCAACUCGUUGUUGUUGUUUAGUCGUUUAGUCCUGUCUGACUCUUCGUGACCCCCUGGACCAGAGCACACCAGGCACUCCUGUCUUCCACUGCCUCCCGCAGUUUGGUCAAACUCAUGCUGGUAGCUUCAAGAACACUGUCCCACCAUCUCGUCCUCUGUCGUCCCCUUCUCCUUGUGCCCUCCAUCUUUCCCAGCAUCAGAGUCUUUUCCAGGGAGUCUUCUCUUCUCAUGAGGUGACCAAAGUCUUGGAGCCUCAGCUUCAGGAUCUGUCCUUCCAGUGAGCAUGCAGGGCUGAUUUCCUUAAGAAUGGAUCGGUUUGAUCUUCCUGCAGUCCAUGGGACUCUCAAGAGUCUCCUCCAGCACCAGAAUUCAAAAGCAUCAAUUCUUCGGCGUUCAACUCACCCCUGCUUUUUUAUUAUUAUUAUUAUUAUUAUUGUUAUUAGUACUAUUACAUUUAUAUACCGCCUUUAUCUUCAGAGGGUUUCAAGGCAGUGGACAUGGUCGUCCUCCUCCCCAUCUCAUCCUCACAAUGACCCUGUGAGGUAGGUCAGGCUAAGAGAUGGCGACUGACUCCAAGGUCACCCGUUGGCUCUCGGCUCUCUUCACGAUAUUCACUUGAGGUGAAUAUUGCUGGCCGGCCGAAAAGGGUCGUUUGUAAGGAUGAAUGAGAAGAGGGGAGGGGAGGGACUUUAAUGCCUCCAGAGCAAUGUUUAUCAUUAGGUAAAGGUAAAGGGACCCCUGACCAUUUGGUCCAGUUGUGACCGACUCUGGGGUUGUGGCCCUCAUCUCGCUUUAUUGGCCGAGGGAGCCGGCGUACAGCUUCCGGGUCACGUGGCCAGUGGCGAACCAGAGCAGCGCACGGAAACGCCGUUUACCUUCCCGCCAGAGCGGUACCUAUUUAUCUACUUGCACUUUGGUGUGUGCUUUCGAACUGCUAGGUUGGCAGGAGCAGGGACCGAGCAACGGGAGCUCACCCCGUCAUUGUGGGGAUUCGAACCGCCGACCUUCCCAUCGGCAAGUCCUAGGCUCUGUGGUUUAACCCACAGCGCCACCCCGUCCCAUGUUUAUCAUUAUGAGGUGGGAAAUGGUACUUGAGAGGUGCAGAAAAGAACGCAGGAGAUUGCAUUAUGCACAGUUGUAGACCUUUGGUAAUGUGUCUGUUGUCACUCUCCAGGGCUUCAAAGGCUCUCUUACCUAGAAAUCUUCCCUAGAAACAAAAGUGAGAUCCCUGCCCUAAACCAUUCUCCAUAGGGGCCUGUCUUCGAAAGAGAUGCAUGAAAAAGAGCCUUGCACUGAGUUCACCCUGCUCAGUUUUGUCUGCGCUGACAGAAAGCGCCUCUCCAGGCCUUCUGACCUGCAUCUGUUUCUCCCGGGGAUUCAGUCUGUGGUUAUAAGGGGUCCAAGGAAGCAGGUUGAUCAGGCUGUAAGAAGCAGCCUGGACCUGAUGUUUGGGAAGACUUCCCUAGCCGUGGACUUUGCUUUUGGUUUUUAUUUUAGAAAUGUGCAUUGGGCGUUUUUGGUCUCUCUUUCUUCGAGAAACGUGCAUUAAGGUAGAAGUGGACAACGUGUCAUCUAAAAUGCGCUGGACUGUCUCUCCCAUCACCCCUGGCUUUGAUGAGCUCCCAACAAGUUCCUCACCCUCGCUUGCUGAGGAAACCGUGGGGCUGGCUGGCGUAGCGGACUUCAGUAGCCCCAAAGGCUUAGCCUAGGGUGGCUGAUGAGACGGAAGACGCAGACCGCAAGCCUGGGGUUUUUGGGGGGACUUGCAAAUAGCCACGCACCGUUCCUUUGUGGUGGAGAAAGAGUCUUCUGUUAGCAGGGGAGAUCCGUAAACUGGAAAAGUAGCUGGUUCUUUCUAACGGCGUUAGAAAGUAUAUCCCUGGUCACUUUUAUUUCCAAAGCCGGCCUAGAUUCUCCCUGGCUCCCUUUUGCAGCGUCAGAUGCAACACCUACACUAGUCCCGAAUUCCUGCUAGCUGGGAAUGUGGAGGGCCUCUGGCCCUUUUGAGUAGGUGUAGGGGGCUGUUUGACUGUUUGGCGGAAGCUUGGAAAUCUUCCCACGUGGCAGUUCUGAUGGCAGCUUGCAGGGCUUUAGCGGAGGGCAGUGACUCAGGGUUAGAAGACUCGGAUGUAGAAGCUAGGUGCCAAAUGGCUCCUUAAACCAAGGUUGCAGUCGUCUAGUUUGCCAUCUUUGGGAAAGAUGGCUGUGAAGUCUUUAUUUUUUCAAUUGAUGGAUGGACUGUGAUUGAUUCUCAGUUAAAAUGUCUGGCUAGUUCAGAUGACAGCCUUGAGCCUGGUGAAGAACUUCUGAGAACUUAAAAGAAGAAAAGUCACUUGAUUCAGAGACAGUCCGCAUAUAUAUCGGCCUAUUCCUAGAGGAUAUGGCAUUAGUGUGCGAAAACAGUCAAGAGCCAACGAUCCCCGCCAUGUGCUUCCAGGUGGAGCAGAUUUUAGGCAUUUUCACUUGGUCGCAAGUGUCCAAUUUUGUUGUUUAGUUGUGUCCGACUCUUCGUGACCCCUUGGACCAGGCACUCCUGUCUUCCACUGCCUCCCGCAGUUUGGUCAAACUCAUGCUGGCACCUUCGAGAACACUGUCCCACCAUCUCGUCCUCUGUCGUCCCCUUCUCCUUGGGCCCUCCAUCUUCCCCAACAUCAGGGUCUUUUCCGGGGAAUCUUCUCUUCUCAUGUGGUGGCCAAAGUAUUGGAGCCUCAUCUUCACGAUCUGUCCUUCCAGUGAGCACUCAGGGCUGAUUUCCUUCAGAAUGGAUACGUUUGAUCUUCUUGCAGUCCAGCACCAUAAUUCAAAAGCAUCCAUUCUUCGGCGAUGCAUAUACCCUUGUUAUGGCGUGAUGCAGCGAUUAGAGCGUUCGACUGGGCUCUGGGUUCAAAGGCCCACUUGGUGGCCGUGGGUCAGUAGCGAUAUCUCUCGGCCCAACUUCCGGAGAGGCGGCAAAGUGAGUAUUCUACCUUGAGCUUCUUGCAGAAAAGGUGGGAUAGAAAUCAAUAAGUGUGAAUUAAAACAGGUGUGUUUGUGCGACCAUCCCAGCAGCAUCUGUUGGCGAGGAAGACAGGGAGCCAGAAUUCAAGCAUUGUCUCCAUCCUCUUCCCUACUGAGUCCUACACGGUCAACAGGCUGGUCUCCUUGAACCAUGUGGGUCGCCCUUGAAGAGCGUCCGCACCCUAACUGGCGGUCACCUUUAAUCCAAUUGAGUACAGUGGUACCUCUGGUUACGUACCUAAUUCGUUCUGGAGGUCCGUUCUUAACCUGGAACAGUUCUUAACCUGAAGCACACUUUAGCUAAUGAGGCCUCCCGCUGCUGCCGCGCCGCCGGAACAUGAUUUCUGUUCUCAUCCUGAAGCAAAGUUCUUAACCCGAGGUAAUAUUUCUGGGUUAGCGGAGUCUGUAACCUGAAGCGUAUGUAACCUGAGGUAGCACUGUAUAAAAUACAUAUUGCUGUAAGUUGCUUGGAUUCCUUUGGGUCACAAGCGACCAGUAAAUCUAAUCAAUGAUUAUGGUGACGGUAACGAUCAGUCCACAUGGGAUUUUCGACAGAGCGGAACGAAGACGAAUGACAGAAUCAUAGAGUUGGAAGAGACCCCAUGGGGUCAUCCAGUCCAACCCCCUGCAUUGCAGGAAUCUUUUGCCCACCGUGGGGCUGGAACCCUGAGAUUAAGAUUCUUAUGUUCUACCGAUUCAGCUUAUCCCCAUGCCUUAACCUCCAUGCUGUUGGGAGAUGUUUAAAGACGCAGGGGGCGGGGAAUGGGGCACGCAGAGAGCGAAGUGGGUCUGCAGGGAACCUGAGCGUAGGAAAAUGGGCAUCCUGGGAGGUGGAAGCUAAUUUGGGGAGGGGCAGGUGAGAGGAGGAGAAGCAUUGAGAUGUGCUUGGUCUUGCAUGCCUUCCAGUGCUCAGAGAGGGUGGGGGGGAGUUGGGCGGGGUCCUGUUUUCUUCUUCUUCUUCCCACUUAAGCCCUGAAGAACUGGCAGAUUGAGAAAGUAGGUAUGAAGUUGCCCACUUGGUGGAUUUAACAAAACAGCGGCUCUGGCAGGGAAGGAGGGUGGGGUGUAUGCAAAUUUGUCCUGGCUCCAGUCUCCCCUCCCUGAUUUUUCCCCCCCUUCUGGCAGUCAGGCCAAGAGUGGAGGAGGCUCGCUCAAAGACUAUGAUUGUUUGUACUCUUCCCCCAAUCCCCACCCUUCCAUCUCUCCCCCCCCCCACCAUGCCCAUGUCUCUCCACUGCCUGUACUUAACCCCUAGGGCUGAAUCGCACAGUGGUUGCUGCUGUGCCCCCUGCGAUAGCAUGCUGGAGGAAAUGCAGGGCUCUCAAACGGGACCCCCCCCCCUUUCUGUUCGGCUUAACGCAGCAACACUUGGAAAUCCGGAUCGCCAGGGCCCCCGGAUCCCCUUGUCCGCGCCUACUUCCCAGAGCAAGCAAACUUGAGGAUUCCACUGCUUCUGUGUGCGUUUUGCGUCCUGUGGGUUUUUGGUGUUUUGUCUUUUUUUGCUCCUGGCCUGUCUGUACACGGCGUUUUUCCCCACGAAGGUCAGGUGAUGCGUCUGAAGGUCACUACUGCUUUUUCCUUCCCCGAGUGCUGCUCCGCAGUAGGCGAACAACUCCUGUGGAAAACUUGCAAGGGGAAGGGGGGUGGCGGGGGUUGGUUCUUAGGUGGAACAGAUAAAUGCCUCGCGUGCAGAAACAGUCCCUGCCGUCUCCCAAGUUGGGCUGGGAAAGACCCUGGUCUGAAACCCCAAGGGGAGGCCGCAGUGGUUCUCAAACUUUGUCGAAACAAAAUUUUAAAAAAUUCCUUCCAGUAGCACAUUGGAGACCAAUUAAGUUUGUUCUUGGGAUGAGCUUUCGUGUGCAUGCACACUUCUUCGGAUCCACAGUGUAUCUGAAGAAGUACCUUCAGUGUACCUGCAUGCACACGAAAGCUCAUCCCAAGAACAAACUUACAGUGGUGCCUCGCAAGACGAAAUUAAUUCGUUCCGCGAGUUUUGUCGCCUUGCGAUUUUUUUCGUCUUGCGAAGCACGGUGUCGGGAAAGUUUGGGAAAAGCUUCAAAAAUCACCAAAGUCUUUAAAAACCUCAAAAAAGGCUACCGCACCGCGUUCUAUGAGUUGCUCCUCGAAGUCAAGUCGCAACUGUAUUAACGGUGUUAAGAAAAAGGAAACAAACGUGCAAGACGUUUCCGUCUUGCGAAGCAAGCCCAUAGGGAAAACCGUCUUGCGAAGCAGCUCAAAAAACAAAAAACCCUUUCGUCUAGCGAGUUUUUUGUCUUGCGAGGCAUUCGUCUUGCGAGGUACCACUGUAGUUGGUCUCUAACAUGCUACUGGAAGGAUUUUUUUAAAAUUUUGUUUCAGCUACGGCAGACCAACAUGGCUAUACCUGUAACUAAAACUUUGUGUGUGUGGGUGUACUGCUUGAACAUUGCUGGGACCUCUCCCUGGACCACUUGGCGAAUUUUUUUUCCGCCCAGCAGGGCGAAAGAACGUAAGAGCAGCUUGGAAGACGAAACCACUGGCCCAUUUCAUCCAGGCGUCCUGCUCUCACAGUGCGAAAGGCGCAAGCGGGAACUGGACGCAACAGCCGUCCGCUCCCCCCUCCUGCCAUUCUCACCAACUGGUAUUCAGAAGCACGCUACUACCCCCAGCGAAAAAAUAAAAUGAAUUACCCUUUAAAGAAGUGUUCGCAUAACUUUUUAGGUGUUAAAUUAUAGGAGUGGAAACGGGUGCUUGGAAUUUUACAUUCCCGUGACUUUAACAAGCUCGGUUUUGAAAUGAAUUUGAUUGGUGCGUGGCCUUCGGUAUAUCUUAUAAUGUGUGAGUUUUGUCAACAGUGCUGUAUCCCAUAUGUUUGUAUAUAGCUGCAAGGUGUCAUCUGGUUUAUCCAGUUUCUUGCUAUGACUAGUCUGGCAGCAGUGAUCAUCGCUGUUGCAAAUUUCAAGUCUUCCUCGUUCAGUAGCUUGGUAGAAGACCUGGGUGCCUUGCUUCAAACCUUGGAAAGCUUCUGCCACUCAGUGUAAAUGAGCUUAGAUAAACCAGUGGCCUGAGUCUGUAUAAUAUACCGUAUUUUUCGCUCUAUAAGACGCACCAGACCACAAGACGCACCUAGUUUUUGGAGGAGGAAAACAAGAAAAAAAAUAUUCUGAAUCUCAGAAGCCAGAACAGCAAGAGGGAUCGCUGCGCAGCGAAAGCAGCGAUCCCUCUUGCUGUUCUGGCUUCUGGGAUAGCUGCGCAGCCUGCAUUCGCUCCAUAAGACGCACACACAUUUCCCCUUACUUUUUAGGAGGGAAAAAGUGAGUCUUAUAGAGCAAAAAAUACGGUAGCUUCCUGUGUUUGGAUAUAUCCCAGUAAAACAUAUUUGGGUGUUUCUGUUUCUAUCAAAGAUUUCAUUUAUAGCCCUCAACAGUUUGUCACCUUAAUACAAGUCUAGAAUAUGUGUAAGAAACCGGCUUCUCCGUUUUUGUCUCCUUACAAAUUAAACAUUUGGUGAGAAGGUUCCUUGCAAUGGGCAAGUUUUUAAGUGAAAAAUCAGUUUUUUGCAACCAGCAAUUUCGUAUUCUGCAAAAUUGUGGGCCGUAAGUCAAAGUCCUCUUAGGGCUGUGCGACAAUCGGACCCUGCUUCAAUCAGCCUUGAUUUCCAUUGUCUGACACCCACAAAUCACAUGCAGGGCCAAAUAGAAAAUCAUAGAGUUGGAAGGGACCCCGGCAAUUCUAGACCAACCCCUUGCAAUGCAGGAAUCUGCAGCUGUCUCAUACAGGGAUUGAACCUGCAACUUUGGCGUCCUCAGCCCUACGCUUUAACUAACUGAACUAUCCAGAGGUGGCAUUGACUCUUCCACAACUUUUCUCUUGUUGAGUGGUGGGUUGCUCUAACCACUACACCACCCUGCCUUUCUUGGACCACCUGCAUAGGGAGCAUGUAGAUCAAGUUGUGGAACCUCUAGUGGAGACAGUGAACCUGAGGGGUGUUAACUGGUUUCAAACCAUAACGUUCACUUUGCUUUGCCAAAAUAGCUCUCUCUAAAGCUGGUACAUAUAUUAGGAAAGUGUGAUUUGUUUCCUGUCUUUUGUGUCUGGGGAAAGCAUGUAGAAUCUGCUUCUCCAGCAUGAAAUCCAAAGUCCCGAGAAACUAGCGUCGUAAAGAAACACACUUGCUGAUAGUGUGAUGGUGGUUUUCCCUAACUUCGCCGUAACCACCACCGUCUUUCCUUUUCUCAAACGACCUCUCUUGCUUUGUGCAGAAAUUCUGAAGUGUGCAAGAACUUGAUAUGCCUGAGACAGACAACUCGAGUAAAUAGGUGUGAUGAUAUUUGCAGAACGUUGUUGGGAGUCGGAACAACUUUUGUCUUGGGUUUUCUCCACAAAUGCAGUUGUCCGGCCGAAGGAAUCGGCAUUCACCCACAUCUACAAGCUGGUGGCAGAAGGAAGCGUUCGUUUGUUUUUUCUCCAGGGCAAGCGCUAAGGAGGUACCUUUUGAAAAGGAUUGCAGGUAGCUCGCCAAUUAGGCGCAUUUAACUUGUGCACAUUCAGCUUUACGCGAUUGGGGGGUGGGUGGAAAAUGUUUAAAAAAUGGAAAGGAGAUGGGCGCCAUGGGUGCUUUAGCUGAGAUUCCUGCAUUGCAGAAACUCUAAAAUUCUAUGGCAUCCAGGAAAAAGUCUUUGGCAUUCCUGCUCGCCUUUGAACCUACAGUCAUGCCUUGGAAGCCGGACGCCCUGGCUCCCGAACUUUCGAAACUCAGAAGUGAAUGUUCCAGUUUUCGAACAAUUUUCAGAAGCCGGAAGCCGCACUUUGGUUUUUGAACGGAUUCCCGGAACACAUUCUGUUCGAAAACCAAGGUACCACUGUAUUGUGUUUUGACGUAACCCUGCUGUAAAUUGAGAGUCGCUUGUACGAUACUCAGAGAUUAAAAGUAUUACUUUUACCUGCACAGAUCUGUCUUCCGCAUUAGUUGGUUAUGGGGUGUUUGGAGAGCUUAGCAGAACCACAAAAGCCGAGAAGCGAUGCUCGUGAAAUUUCCGUGAAACUUUUAGGCUAGGGCUAGCUUUCUGGGGUUAAGACUUGGCUGUAUUCUGAACUUAAAAAUGGGAAGCGUAAUGCUGGUGGUCAACAAAAGAAGUUUAAAGACUAUAUCAAGGCAAAUCUUUAAAAAUGUAGUAUAAACACCGACAACUGGGAAACACUGGCCUGUGAGCGCUCCAGUUGGAGAACAGGCUUUGCCAAAAGGCGUUGUGGGCUUUGAAGACACUUGAAUUCAGGACGCAAGGGAAAAAUGUGCUAGGAGGAAGGCACACUUGGCAAACCCUCACCGUGGUCAACUCCCGCCCGGUAACUAAUGUCCCCACUGUGGAAGGAUGUGUGGAUCCAGAAUUGGCCUCCACAGUCACUUAUGAACUCACUGUUAAAAUCGUGUUUAUAGAAGACAAUCUUACUCGGCUACGAGGGAUCGCCAGAGAAGAAGAACCUCGUGAGACUCUUAAUCUCAGGGUCGUUGAGAUUAAGGCGAAGGAUUCCUCAGCACGAUAUAAAAGCAAAACAGUUCAUUGCAAGAGGGUGACAGGUUGCUGCCUCCCUGAUGUAUUUUUCCUGAAGCAUCAUCUAUAAAAAGGUAAAGGGACCCCUGACCAUUAGGUCCAGUCGUGGCCGACUCUGGGGUUGCGGCGCUCAUCUCGCUUUAUUGGCCGAGGGAGCCGGCGUACAGCUUCCGGGUAUGUGGCCAGCAGGACUAAGCCGCUUCUGGCGAACCAGAACGCCGUUUACCUUCCCGCUGGAGCAGUACCUAUUUAUCUACUUGCACUUGACGUGCUUUCGAACUGCUAGGUGGGCAGGAGCAGGGACCGAGCAACGGGAGCUCGCCCCGUCACGGGGAUUCGAACCGCCGACCUGAUCAGCAAGUCCUAGGCUCUGUGGUUUAACCCACAGCGCCACCCACGUCCCGAAGCAUCAUCUAUACACAGUUAAAGUGGGGAAGAACUGCAGGAGAAGAGGCACCGCUGAUCUCGAGAGCUUACCAUCAAUUUUGAUCAGGAACGUCCGUUCCUGCGUGGAAUUGGCUUAAAAAAUAAAAACCAAAGCCCCGAUGGAGCGGAGGAUUCCCGUUUUAAUAAUUGUUUUGGCUGCCGCUCAAGCCUGUUCUGGGAAAAGUGGGAGUGGAGAGGCACCACCCAAAUGAUCUUAAGAUGGUGGGAUGUGGUGUUUUGUUUGCGCUCUUUUCGGCUGAGGGCUUCACUUAACUCCGAGUGGACUUUGCUGGGCCGAGGAGGAUGCAAGUUUGCUUGCUUGAUCUGGGUCUGGAAAGCAAUUUGAGUCCUUAAAAGAAACCAGACCUUGCCUUGUGGUGUCCAUUUCCUCAGAAACUUACUGGGUGGGUUGAGAAUUGCCGCCCCUCUGCAAGACGCAGGUUGUACUCAGAAGCUGCCACUUUUCAGAUGAACUUCCAAGAAGUCGUGAUAGUCUGUGACCUGAUAAGGAGAUCCGUCUACAACUGAUUUAAGGAAGUGGCGCAGGUCUUCUGGGUUCUCUGUUAUCAUACCCAUGAGAAAGAAAGAAAGAAAGAGGGAUGGAUGGAAGGAAGGAAGGUGUGUUGCAGGAGAGUUGAUGAAUAAAAACAGCAGACGUUACAAAUUCAAAACAAUUUUAAAAAGGGUCAUAGGACCUUUGAGCUGGAGCGUCGUUUUAGAUUGUACAGUGGUACCUCGGUUUACGAACUUAAUCCAUUCCAGAAGUUCGUUCUUAAACCGAAACCGUUCAUAAACCGAGGUGCGCUUUCCCUAACGAAGCCUCCCGCCGCUGGUGCCCUUCCACCGUUCGGAUUCUGUUCUUAGACCAAGGUAAAGUUCGCAAACCGGGACAGUAUUUCUGGUUUAGUGGAGUUCGUAAGCCGAAUAGUUUGUGAACAGGGCUUUCUUAAACCGAGGUACCGCUGUAGUUGUUAAAUCUAUUCAUCCUUUAAAAAUUAACGGUAGCUUCUGGUUCUGGGCCCCAGUACCAAGAAGGGUAUUGACAAGCUGGAAGAUAUGCAAAGAAGAAAAGGAGGAGGAGGUGUUUGGAUUUGAUAUCCCGCUUUAUCACUACUCAAAGGAGUCUCAAAGCGGCUAACGUUCUCCUUUUCCUUCCUCCCCCACAACAAACACUCUGCGAGGCUGAGAGACUUCAGAGAAGUGUGACUGGCCCAAGGUCACCCAGCAGCUGCAGGUGGAGGAGCGGGGAAGCGAACCCAGUUCACCAGAUUACGAGUCCACCGCUCUUAACCACUACACCACACUGGCUCUCAUAGGAGGGAGAUCAAUAUGAUCUCAAGGGUCUGGAAGCUGAGCCUUAUGAGGAACGGUUGAAGGAGCUGGGGGUGUUUCGCCUGGAGAAGAGGACGUGACAGCUGUGUUCAGAUACCUGAAGUGCUGCCCACAUGGAAGCUGGAACCAGCAUGCUUCUGCUUGCUCCAGGGGGGUAGGACCCAAACCAAGGGCUUCAAAUUACAAGGAAGGACAUUCCGACGAAACAUCAGGAAGAACGGUCUCCUUGGGAAGAUGGAGGACUCUCCUUCCUUGGAGGUUUUCAAGGAGAGCUUGGGUGGCCGUCGGUCAUGGGUGCUUUAGCUGCGAUUCCUGCAUUGCAAGGGGGUUGGAAUAGAUGACCGUUGAAGCUUUCCUUCCAGCUCUACAGUUCUAUGAUUUCAUGACCUGACAUGUGCCAUGCUACAUCUGUUGGCAUACGUUUUGUGAAGCUGGGAAAAGGUUCAGAAAAGGGGCACCCAACGUGAUCAAGGGGUGCAGCGACUCCCCUACCAGGAAAGGAUGCAUCAUUGGGAAUUUCCAAUUUGAGAAAAACAUGUAAGGGAGAGGUAUGUAAAAUGGUGCACGGCACAGAAAAGACCGGAUAAAGCCCUUUCCCCCUCUUAAUUCUAAAAAAACUUGGGGGUGAUCUGAGGAAGCUGAAGGUUGGAGAAAUUGGGACUACAUACAGCCUGCAGUUAAGCUACGAAGGAAGCCGUUGCUUUGAUAACACCAAUGGCACAGAUUCAAUCCCCACACAUUAUCCCUGCAUUGCAGGGGGGUUGGACUAGAUGACCCAUGGAACCCCUUCCAGCUCUGUAAUUCUGUGUUCUAUGUUUUAGAAGGCCGUCGACUUGUGUGGGCUUACGGGGGAUUAGACAGAUUGGUGGAAAAGGAGGGUAGCUAUGUUCUAGCAGGCUCUUCUUAGAGUUCUCUCAUUCUUAUCGAUCUUGGCUUCUUAGGGAGCAAACAAAGCAUGGUGCCUGGUUCAGACGCCAUGGGAAGGUUUGCUUAUCCCAUUCACACCAGGGUAGGAGUGGAAUUGGCGCAAGCGCACGGCAACGCAACUCUGCCGCCACGAUUGCUAAGGCUUCCAAAAGGCUAUCCUGGCCCAACGCGAGCCCAGUAACCCCUCUUAAAGGCAGCGUUCCAUAUGCAGUUGCACACCAUAGAUUUUGUCGCGGACGGGUUGAACUUGAGAGGAGUGGUGGGAGGAUCCAGCUAGGGAACCCCCAAGGGAACCCCCAGGGGAAGUCAGCUCAGAGCCUGGGGAGUAGUUGCGGCACAACAAUGAGUGGUCAGAGGGAGAAGUCUGGGAAGAGGAGGUGUUGGAAACUGAAGAGGUAACAGGCUUUGGUGAGCAGGAAGAGUCCGUGGCAGAGAGCAAUCCAGAAUCGGAGGCAGAAGCAGGGGUGGGCCAAGAGACAGAGGGGAGGCAGGCUGCUGAAGAAGCCAGGGGGUCUUCCCCUCCUGCUGCGACCAGCUCCCCUCUCCCUGUUCUCCCAGAGCCCACAGAGGCGUGAAGAGGGCAGACUAAUUUUGGACUCACAGCUGUCCAUGGAGGCACAGGUCAAAUCUGUGUCCAGGGCAGCUGUUUACCAGCUCCAUCUGGUACGCAGGCUGAUACCCUUCCUCCCCGCGGACUGCCUCGCCAGAGUGGUGCAUGCUCUGGUUAUCUCCCGCUUGGACUACUGCAAUGCGCUCUACGGGGGGCUACCUUUGAAGGUGACCCGGAAACUACAACUAAUCCAGAACGCGGCAGCUAGACUGGGGACUGGGAGUGGCCGCCGAGACCACAUAACACCGGUCCUGAAAGACCUACAUUGGCUCCCAGGACCUUUCUGAGCACAAUUCAAAGUGUUGGUGCUGACCUUUAAAGCCCUAAACGGCCUCAGCCCAGUAUCCCCAAAGGAGUGUCUCCACCCCCAUCGUUCUACCUGGACACUGAGGUCCAGCUCCGAGGGCCUUCUGGCGGUUCCCUCACUGCAAGAGGCCAAGUUACAGGGAACCAGGCAGAGGGCCUUCUCGGUGGUGGCGCCCUCCCAGUGGAACGCCCUCCCACCAGAUGUCAAAGAGAACAACAACUACCAGACUUUCAGAAAACAUCUUAAGGCAGCCCUGUUUAGGGAAGCUUUUAAUGUUUGAUGUAUUACAGUAUUUUAAUGUGGUUUUUUUUGAAAGCCACCCAGAGCGGCUGGGGAAGCCCAGCCAGAUGGGCAGGGUAUAAAUAAAUUAUUAUUAUUAUUAGAGCAGAGACAGACAAGGCGGAGAAGUCUCAGGGUGCUCAGACGAGACUUAGCAGUGGGACGCUGGGGACCUUCAGUCCUCGCAACUGCCCCAUUGUGGGGGUAAGACCUACUGGGAAGACUUGCUGUGCGCAUUAGGUCUGAGCUGUUUUGGUUUCUUUGAACGAAGAGUUAACUGCGCUGGCGCCUUGUGAGUUGUUGCCGAUCGACUCCUGACUCCCGCCUUGGCAGACCCGCCUUGAUAAACCAAAGCUUCAAUCACCGUGGGCUUGUGAGCGGUUGUGGUUAGUUGCUCCCUCGUUCAGAUGCAACAGGAAGCGUAUGUCUGUUGGGCUCAGGUCAGGGGAGGACGAAAGCAAGGAGCGAUUGGGCUCUGGAGGAGCAGGCUGCUCAUUUGCAAGGAGCCACCGUGCAGGAACACGGGAUUACCAUGAUAUGCAAAUCUGCCUCCCCUGUCAUUAUCCGCCAGCGUAAUCGGCAAUGUGCUUACGCCCAGGUGAGACGCAACUGCUCCCCUUUCACAUCAGGAGAAACGCUUGCCUGGCUCUUGGCUCAAUCCCGGCAAAGGGAUCCUCCUGCCAUUUUGAAAAGUCCACUUUUGGUCUAUCGCUUGGACCUUGAGAACGGUACGAGAGGUUGCGCUGCUGGAUGCAACCCCAUGACCUGGGGAAAGAAAUCUCUCUCUCUCUCUCUCUCUCUCUCUCUCUCUCUCUCUCUCUCAUUCAAAAUAGAAAACAGCCUUGGAAGAUUUGUAAUGCAGAAAGAUUGGAGAUCUGAAUCCUGCCCAAAGUGGCAACGCAGUCAGAUGGGCGGAGUACAAAUAAAAAUAAAUAAUUGCAAUGGUUUUGACCUUUGCUGCUUUUUAUUAGAAGUUGUUGUUCUUAUUCGAAUGUCGUUUUUUUCGUGGUAAUCGGAAGUUUUUAGAAAUCGUUUUUAAUGUUGCCCAUUUUAAACAGUUUCAACCCACCCCAGGACCUUGAAGCGAAGGGUGGGAAAUAAAUUGAAAUGGUGAUGGAUUUCAGUAUCUUUAAGAAAACAAACAAAUAAAUUACUUACUCGAUUUUUCAUAUUUUACAAUCACAUAUCCGACGUACAACAUAAAAGACAAGAUUCCAAAGAAUCUCCUGGACUUUCCUCCUCUUUCUGGGUCCUGUUAUUAAAUCAUUUCCUCCUGCAUCUUUAUGAUAAUCCUGAUCUUUAACAUCUCCAUUUUGUCCAAAAUUCACAAGCGUUAUUCCAAUCCCGCUAACGAUUUUAGCUCUUUGCAAUGGUCUUUAAGAUAGAUUAUAAUUAUUUCCCCCCAUUCCUUGUUAAAAUUUUGGUCUUCCUGAUUUCUGAUUCUCCCGGUCAUUUUAGCCCUUUCGGCAUAAUAGAUUUCAGUAUCUUUGCCUAAAGGUCACCUAGGUAUCUCUGUAUAGUUUACUUUCUCUUUCUCCGUACGAACAGGAAGGCAUUCUUCCGGGCAGCCGUGUUUUCUGAGUUUUAUGCAAUGUUGGCAGUGCUUCCAGAGCGAGGUCAUUUCCUUGGGUUUCCCACAGAUGUUCCUUGUAGUUGUUUAACCUGCUUUCGAGCUUUCAGUUUCCCUGUAUCUCCUGCAAGUGUUUGAAUGUGGGGCCGGCCGUUCUUCAGCCUUCCCCUCCCCUUCUUAAAUUAGUAUUACGACCAGGGUUAGGGGCAGCUAAUCGCCAUAUGGCAUCUUAAACCGACUGUAGCUUAGGGUCAGCACAACAGCGCUGUUUCCCCCCUGAGGAGGAGGGAAAUUACAUUUCAUUUCUUUCUAAAUACAGUGGUACCUCGGGUUAAGUACUUAAUUCGUUCCGGAGGUCUGUACUUAACCUGAAACUGUUCUUAACCUGAAGCACCACUUUAGCUAAUGGGGACUCCCGCCGCCAGCCCGCCGCCGGAGCACGAUUUCUGUUCUCAUCCUGAAGCAAAGUUCUUAACCUGAAGCACUAUUUCUGGGUUAGCGGAGUCUGUAACCCGAAGCGUAUGUAACCCGAGGUACCACUGUAUCAGUUACAAGAUCUUCAGGUGAUCAUGAAGAUGGAUAAGAGGCACUUAAGAGAUUGUCUCUUUAGGUCCGAUGCAGAAAGGGAUUUAACCACGGUUGCCUCUACCAAAAGUUCAAUUUCUGUUGUCAUCCUGAAGCAAAGUUCUUAACCCGAGGUAAUAUUUCUGGGUUAGUGGAGUCUGUAACCUGAAGCGUCUGUAACCCGAGGUACCACUGUAUAAAGAAAAUAUCUCAAAAGGCUUCACAACACGUGAAAACAUGCAACAAAACACUCCAGAACAAAACAAGUUCCUGAUCGUUUCGUCGGAUGUUUUCGCGUGUCGCAAACCGCUUUGAGAUUCUUUUCCUUCAUAAUAUAAAGUGGCAUAAAAAUAAAUGAACAACAACGACAACAAAUACAGUGGUACCUCUGUUUUCAAGCGUCUCAGAAGCUGAACAUUUCGUUUUUCGAACGCCGAAAACCCGGAAGUAGUUGCUUCCGUUUUCAAACGCGCCUCGGAAGUCGAAUGGCUUCCGGUGGUUUUUUUUUUCCUUUUUUUCAAUUUUUCCAAUUGAAUUUGCAGCCAGCCCUUUGCACCUCGGUUUUCGAACGUUUCGGAAGUCAAACGGUCUUUGGAAUGGAUUACAUUCGAGAACCGUGGUACCACUUUAGUAAUAAUAAUAAUACAGUGGUACCUCCGGUUGCGGACGGGAUCCAUUUGGAUCCCAAGGUUUCCGCAACCUAAGGACCGCUUCUGCGCGUGCGCGCGGGGCGAAACCUGGUAAAAUACUUCCGGGUUUGCCGUGCGUGCAUCCUGAAGUUUACGUAACCAGAGGGUUACAUAAACGGAGGUACGACUGAUAAUAAUUAAUAAUAAUAAUAGUAAUAGUAAUAAUAAUUUCAUCAGGCAGGGAAAGAAAAAGUCCUUAUACAGUCCGUUGUGACAGCCACAGCCUAGGUUUAUGAUGCUCUUUGGUGAUUAGCUUAUAUAUCAUGAAUUUCCAUCAGUGCCUGACCACCAGUUUUGCUUUUGAACACUAUUCUGCUCACGUACUGAUCUGAGCUUGGACUACUGCAAUGCGCUCUACGUGGGGCUACCUUUGAAGGUGACCUGGAAACUACAACUAAUCCAGAAUGCAGCAGCUAGACUGGGGACUUGGAGCGGCCACCGGGACCACAUAACACCGGUCCUGAAAGACCUACAUUGGCUCCCAGGACGUUUCAAGCACAAUUCAAAGUAUUGGUGUUGACCUUGAAAGCCCUAAAUGGCCUCGGUCCAGUAUACCUGAAGGAGCAUCUCCACCCCCACCGUUCAGCCCAGACACUGAGAUCCAGCGCCGAGGGCCUUCUGGUGGUUCCCUCACUGCGAGAAGCAAAGCUACAGGGAACCAGGCAGAGGGCCUUCUCGGUGGUGGCGCCCGCCCUGUGGAACACCCUCCCAUCAGAUGUCAGAGAGAUAAACAACUACCUGACAUUUAGAAAAUAUCUGAAGGCAGCCCUCUUCGGGGAAGUUUUUAAUGUGUGACAUUUUGAUAUAUUUUUAAUCUUUUUGGAAGUCGCCCAGAGUGGCUGGGAAACUCAGCCAGACGGGCAGGGUAUAAAUAAUAAAUAUUGUUAUUAUUGUUGUUGUUAUUAUUAGCAUUAAGGGUUUGGGUAGAAACCGGGGUCUUGAGUUCCAGUCCUCCUUCUGUUGGGAACCAGGGGAUUCCCACGGCGCAAUCGUGCAAUGCAGUUAUUGUGUUUGGGCAUGCAUUCAGAAGGAUGUCCCCGGCUUCCGUCUGUCCCUGAAUUGACCCCCUAAACUUGGAACUGCCCCAUUGCGAUGUCGGAGCAGGCAAAAAAAGCGAAACCAGGUGUUGCUUGUUAUCUUCCGUACGGAUAUUAAUUCUGUUCUUAACAACGGUUUGCUGCCGGGUGCUCAGAAUGCCUCACACAUACUAAAAACCUGCAUCAUGCGGCCGGUCGAAAAGGGAUCUCCUGGGCUCCUUGCCGUCGUGUGUCGGAAGACUUGAUUUCUUGCCGCUUGAGAUCCAAAGUGCAAAAUGUUUCUUUCGCGACGUUUUUUCGAAAGCGAGCAGGCCCAGCGGAAAUAGAUCACUCUUGUAUUUUCUUGGAAGUCGAGGUACCGUAUUUUUCGCUCUAUAAGACACACCAGACCACAAGACGCACCUAAUUAUUGGAGGAGGAAAACAAGAAAAAAAAUAUUCUGAAUCCCAGAAGCCAGAACAGCAAGAGGGAUCGCUGCGCAGUGAAAGCAGCGAUCCCUCUUGCUGUUCUGGCUUCUGGGAUAGCUGCGCAGCCUGCAUUCGCUCCAUAAGACGCACACACAUUUCCCCUUACUUUUUAGGAGGGAAAAAGUGAGUCUUAUAGAGCAAAAAAUCCGGUAAUAGAAUUGUUGUGGUGGUGGUUGUGGUUUCCCCCAGAAAGCAUCUGAAUUGUCACUUCAGGUGACAAGAGAUUUGCCCUAAAUGGGGCCUAGGUCGUCUAAAAGAAGCAGGGAUUAUUGAUUAUUAUGUAUUUAUUGCAUUUCGUAGAAUUGUAGAGUUGGAAAACCUAUUCUUGUCACAGUUUGGAAGAGGUAUUCCCUCUUGGUCAGGGGGUACCUCUUCUUACAUCGUGGCUAGGGGAAAACCUAUUGCCCUCCAGAGCAGGUCAGCAGGCCCAAUGGUCAGAGACGCUUUGGAAUCCGGAGGGCUGCAAGGGAGAGGCUUGUUAUGUUCCACCCCGAAGAUGUGGGCGCUCACCUUGGGCUUGCAGGGACAGGUAAUUCUCCCCCUUUCCCCCUUCCACCCCCUGGCUGUCACUUCGUGCCUAGACAAGAAGGAGGCGGCAUAUUCUCUCUUCCCCCUCCUUCCUUUCGUCAGCUGUACUUCCCGAUCUCGUUUUGCAGGAAGACUGGGGAGGAGGGGAGACAGGGCUCCUAAUAAUAGGGCAGAGUUCCUAGGAAUUUCUUGCGUCCUCACUUCCUCCUCGGUUGCAUAUUUUACACUUUGCAGGGAGCCAGCAGCAAGCUAAGAAAUCCCUUCUGCCCAUCCACACACGCGCAAGACAGACGCCGGGAAUCAUUGCAAAUUGCAAAUUCCUCUCUUUCCAUCGGCAAGCUUUAACCCCUCCCUUCCUUUCUUAAAAAAAAAAAAAAAUUAAAUCUGAUUUUUUAAUUACUAUUUAAAUUGGGUUUUUAAAACAAAAUGCUUUUGGAUCAAAAGAUGGUUUUCUGUUGAAGUUACGUUAUAGUCCAAAGGCUAUUCAUCAGGAGAUAAGAAUUAGUUUUAAGUUUUUCAUGUGUGCUAAAACUCAGUAUAUAUAUGGUCUGUGUGUGUGGUUUGGGAGCUGCACGGUCAGGGGAAAAAACAAUGCUGUCUAGGGUUGUAAAGACUGCGGAGAGAAUAGUUGGGUGCACUCUUCCCACCUUGGAUCAAAUCUACGCUUCCAGGUGCCAUAAGAAAGCUGCAGAGAUAGCGCAGGAUAGUGCGCACCCCGGAAAUGAUCUCUUUCAGCUUCUGCCUUCUGGAAGAAGGUACAGGGUUAUAAAGACUAGGACUAGCCGCCUGAGAAACAGUUUCUAUCCAAAUGCGAUUUUUGUUUUAAACACAGUCUCUAGGGGACGUGGGUGGUGCUGUAGGUUAAACCAUAGAGCCCAGGACUUGCCGAUCAGAAGGUUGGCGGUUCAAAUCCCUGCAACGGGGUGAGCUCCCAUUGCUCGGUCCCUGCUCCUGCCAACCUAGCAGUUCAAAAGCAAGUCAAAGUGCAAGUAGAUAAAUAGGUACCGCUCCGGCGGGAAGGUAAAUGGCGUUUCCGUGCGCUGCUCUGGUUCGCCAGAAGCAGCUUAGUCCUGCUGGCCACAUGACCUGGAAGCUGUACGCUGGCUCCCUCGGCCAAUAAAGAGAGAUGAGCGCCACAACCCCAGAGUCGGCCACGACUGGACCUAAUGGUCAGGGGUCCCUUUACCAUGUGUGUGUGUGUGUGUGUGUGUGUGUGUACACACACACACACACAGAGAGAGAGGGGGGGGGCAUAAUUGUUUGACCACAUCAGUUAACAAACAUGGAUACAUAUGCUACAAUGUUACUGUUUUAGUUAAAUAAAUUGUUAUUAAGGAAAUGACUAUUUUUCUCUUUCCAAUAAAGUACAGCAGAAAAGUUGUCGAAAUAUAAACAGUCAACUUAUUAAACCUCACCAUAAUUUCAUAAUUAUCUGUCUGUGUAUUUCUAAUAGUAUAACCAAAUCAGUACUUUUUGAUAUAACUGUAAAAACGACUCUGAAAAUUUAAGGUUCCAAAAACAAAACCUCCAUCUUGUUGUAAAUAUUAAGGUUAUACCAGCAAGAACGAGUCUUUCUGAAAAAAGAAAAAGAAAAAGAUUUAAAUCAAGUCUUACUGACUAGUGAUUUAAACCAUGAUUUAAAUCGAUUUGUUUUAAAUCAAAUCCUCCCUGGUUCCGGCGCCUCUCAGGUGGUCACUGUCUAGAAAAAUAGCACUGAUGCCUUGCAUAAUUUUAUUCACCUCCAUCUUCCCCCUUACUCACCUUUUCUCUAAACUGACCCCCCCUCCCAAAAUACUGCAUCCUUUUUUUCAUAGGGGAGUCGCUGCGACCCCUUUGAUCUGGCCUGUUCCAUCAACCUUUUCGAACUCCUUUCAGGACCGAGGCGACCAGAACCCCACGCAGAAUUCCGAGAGCAUAUCGGGUGUUGCACAAAUCUCUGGAUUUUGAGGAUUUGCCAGAGGAAAGGGGAUCGUAGAUGUUUGGGUUUUUGUUUUGGAGCAACCUGCGAAGGAGGAGAGAUUGUGGUUUAGUUAGGACCGCGUUCUGCGUUCCUUCCGCCCAGGCGACGUGUAGGAGGAGAUUUAAAGUUUGCUUAUUCCCUUCUGUGCCCAGGAGAGCGGGAACGAAAUGAAAUAUAAAAAAAAACCCCAGCCCACCUUUUGAGAUCCACACCGCAGCCAAGUUCUUUAGCGGCAGUAGAAAUUUACUGUAUUGUUUUCUUCUUGCAAUUUUCCUAAGGAGCGGGUUAAAACUGGAGCUUUUGAAUGCUUUUGUGUGUGUUAUUGUGGUGAGAGAUGCUUGCAGGUUCUCCAAAGGUGACUGGAGUCCAGUUUUUGGAGUCAAAAACUGCUCUUUGGCAUUCGAGCACAGUUAUGCCACUUUUAACAGCAAUGUUGUUGUCGUUUAGUCGUGUCCGCCUCUUCGUGACCCCCUGGACCAGAGCACGCCAGGCCCUCCUGUCUUCCACUGCCUCCCGCAGUUUGGUCAAACUCAUGCUGGUAGCUUCGAGAACACUGUCCCACCAUCUCGUCCUCUGUCGUCCCCUUCUCCUUGUGCCCUCCAUCUUCCCCAACAUCAGGGUCUUUUCCGGGGAGUCUUCUCUUCUCACGAGGUGGCCAAAGUCUUGGAGCCUCAGCUUCAGGAUCUGUCCUUCCAGUGAGCACUCAGGGCUGAUUUCCUUCAGAAUGGAGAGGUUUGUUCUUCUUGCAGUCCAUGGGACUCUCAAGAGUCUCCUCCAGCACCAGAAUUCAAAAGCAUCCAUUCUUCGGCGAUCAGCCUUCUUGAUGGUCCAGCUCUCACUUCCGUACAUCACUACUGGGAAAACCAUAGCUUUAACUAUACGGACCUUUGUCAGCAAGGUGAUGUCUCUGCUUUUUAAGAUGAUGUCUAGUUAGAAGAAUGGAAUUGUGGAGUUGGACGGGGACCUCCAGCGGUCAUCUAGUCCAACCCCCUUCAAUGCAGGAAUCGCAAGAAUCACAGCCUGUUCCCCCCAUAGUUUUUAAAGGAUGCUGAGAGUCAUUAGGAGAUGCCCCAUUUCCCCUCACAGAGCUGAAUCUCCCCUCUUCCUGGGCGCUUCUAAAAACCCUCAUUUCCUUUUGCAAUACCCGGAUAAGAUGAGCCUCUUGACCAUGGGUAGGCAAACUAAGGCCCGGGGGCCGGAUCCAUCCCAAUCGCCUUCUAAAUCCAGCCCACGGACAGUCCGGGAAUCAGCGUGAUUUUAGAAUGUGUCCUUUUAUUUCAAAUGCAUCUCUGGGUUAUUUGUGGGGCAAAGGAAUUUGUUAUAUAUAUUUUUUUCCAAAAUAUAGUCCGGCCCCCCACAAAGUCUGAGGGACAGUGGACCGACCCCCUGUUGAAAAAGUUUGAUUGACCAAAUACAGUGGUACCUCGGGUUAAGUACUUAAUUCGUUCCAGAGGUCCGUACUUAACCUGAAACUGUUCUUAACCUGAAGCACCACUUUAGCUAAUGGGGCCUCCCGCUGCCACUGCACCGCCGGAGCACAAUUUCUGUUCUCAUCCUGAAGCAAAGUUCUUAACCUGAAGCACUAUUUCUGGGUUAGCGGAGUCUGUAACCCGAAGCGUAUGUAACCCGAGGUCCCACUGUAUCAGUUACGAGAUCUUCAGGUGAUCAUGAAGAUGGAUAAGAGGCACUUGAGAGAUUGUCUCUUUAGGUCCGAUGCAGAAAGGGGUUUAACCACGGUUGCCUCUGCCAAACGUUCACAAUGGUUCUCAAUUAUUGCAAUGCCCGCUAUAUAUAGAACCAAGAGGCCGAUUUAUAAAAGCCCUGCUCACGAAUGGAACACACUCGGACAGGGCGGAAAGGGUGAAAUGGCGGCUGAGUUAUACCGAUGACUUCGUAACUUAUAAAACAGCACUAUAUGGGUUGGCAGGGGACGCGGGUGGCGCUGUGGGUUAAACCACAGAGCCUAGGGCUUGCCGAUCAGAAGGUUGGCAGUUCGAAUCCCCGCAAUGACGGGGUGAGCUCCCGUUGCUCGGUCCUUGCUCCUGCCAACCUAGCAGUUCAAAAGCACGUCAAAGUGCAAGUAGAUAAAUAGGUACCACUCCGGAGGGAAGGUAAACGGCAUUUCCGUGCGCUGCUCUGGUUCACCAGAAGCGGCUUAGUUAGUCCUGCUGGCCACAUGACCCGGAAGCUGUACGCCGGUUUCCUCGGCCAGUAAAGCGAGAUGAGCACCGCAACCCCCGAGUUGGCCAUGACUGGACCUAACGGUCAGGGGUCCCUUUACCUUUAUAUGCAUUGGCAGCUAAGAAGAUCACACGAAAAGAACUAGAUAAAAUUGCGGUCAAUUGCAAAGGUGAUUCGGACAUUUAAGCCAGCACAUUCUACCUGAGAACCCCUUGCUAUUCUAUCGUGUGCAACAAAUAAUUUUUAGGAGAUGUGAUCGUGGCUCACUGUAUCUGCAGCUCCUGAUUUUUUUGUGGUUUUCAUGGUUAUUGUUGCUUUUUUCUUUGUUCCCUUUGUGAAUGAUGCCGUAGCCUUUGACUAGUGCAAUAAAGUUGAUGGUGAUGAUAUGCCCCGCGGAGGACCUUAAGGGCCACAAAUGACAAUAUUUUGGAGGUCCCAGGUCUCAAGGUGGUUAGACUGGUCUCAACUAGGGGCAGGGCCUUUUCAGUACUGGCCCCGACUUGGUGGAACACUCUGUCACAAGAGACUAGGGCCCUGCGGGACUUGACAUCUUUCCGCAGGGCCUGCAAGACAGAGCUGUGCCGCCUGGGCUUUGGUUUGGACUCAGUCUGACCCUUCUGUUUCCCUCCCCUUAUGGUCUUGAUUUAUCGGCUACUUUUAAAAUGAGGCUGCAUUUUAAAUUGCCUUUUAACCUGUAUUUUAAAAUGUUUUUUUCCCUUUCUUUUCCCCCUAUUAUGUUUUUACUGUGAUUUUAUUGAUGUUAGCUUCUCUGAGCCCGGCUCUAGCCAGGGAGGGCAGGGUAUAAAUAAAAUUGACGACGAUGAUGAUAAGAUGAGCGAUGAAUCAGCCCUGCGACCUUUACGUCAGGGCUUGCUUAGUCUUGCGCCAUGUUACAGCUCAAGGAGUUUCUCUGAGCGCAAGCAGAGUGCUGGUUCUUUCUUCAGUAGACUGUUCAUACAUUUGCGGUGAGAGCUCUGGCCGUCAUGGGUUGUAUCCAAGGCUGCACUAAACAGCGUUGUUCCAUAAGUGCAACCUCCCACCAGUGUGCGCCCAAAAUCUGCUCAGGGUCGAGCGCUCCCCAGCUCCCUGUUGCAAGUUUGGGGCAGUGUUUGAAAUUAGCCAGGCGCCAGGCGCAUUUUGCACCUGGCUAUCUGACUGCUGCAUGGUGACAGCAGUCACGAAAUUAAAAGACGCCUGCUCCUUGGGAGAAAGGCGAUGGCAAACCUAGACAGCAUCUUAAAAAGUAGAGACAUCACCUUGCCAACAAAGGUCCGUAUAGUAAAAGCUAUGGUUUUCCCAGUAGUGAUGUAUGGAAGUGAGAGCUGGACCAUAAAGAAGGCUGAUCUCCAAAGAAUGGAUGCUUUUGAAUUCUGGUGCUGGAGGAGACUCUUGAGAGUCCCACGGACUGCAAGAAGAUCAAACCUCUCCAUUCUGAAGGAAAUCAGCCCUGAGUGCUCACUGGAAGGACAGAUCCUGAAGCUGAGGCUCCAAGACUUUGGCCACCUCAGGAGAAGAGAAGACUCUUUGGAAAAGACCCUGAUGUUGGGAAAGAUGGAGGGAACAAGGAGAAGGGGACGACGGACGAUGAGAUGGUUGGACAGUGAUCUCGAAGCUACAAACAUGAGUCUGACCAAACUGCGGGAGGCAGUGGAAAACAGGAGUGCCUGGUGUUCUCUGGUCCAGGGGGUCACAAAGAGGCGGACACGACAAAACAACUAAACAACAAUCGGCCACUUGCGACCAAGUGCCUGGGUCCCACGACUGUGCCCGAUUUCUCCAUCUGGAAAUCCUUGUAUCUGGACCAGGGACCAGCAAACCUUUUCAGCAGGGGGCCGGUCUACCGUCCCUCAGACCUUGUGGGGGGCCGGACUAUAUUUUUUGGGGGGGGGGGACGAACGAAUUCCUAUGCCCCACAAAUCACCCAAAGAUGCAGUUUAAAUAAAAGCACACAUUCUACUCACGUAAAAACACCAGGCAGGCUCCACAAAAAACACGCUGAUCCGCAGGCCGGAUUUAGAAGGCGAUUGGGCCGGAUCCGUGCCUACCCAUGAUCUGGACUGUCUUCUCACGCUAGCAACACACCCAGUAGAAUUCUAUCUUGUUAUGUUUUUAUCUACAUGAUGAAUUUCAGGAGCCAAAAUUCCUUUUCCGUGCAGAAGACCCAAAAUUAAAACAUUUUAAAACAAUAGUGAGAUGUUGGGGGGAGAGUUUUAAUUCUUUUAAUGUUUAAUAGUUGUUGGGUUUUUUUGUGGAUUUUUACUUUGGUUUUUAGCUGCUCUUAUUUGGUCUGUAAGCCCCGCUGAGUCCCUGUCGGGGGAUGAAGGCAGGAUAUGAAUAAAUAUACGGGCGCUUUGUAGCUGAGGUUCCUCCAUUGCAGGGGGUUGGACUGUAUAACCCGUGGGGUUCCCUUCCAACUCUACAAUUCUAUGAUAUAAUAAUAGUAAAAAUAGCAGCAAGUACCAACUGUAGAGGGACGCGGGUGGCGCUGUGGGUUAAACCACAGAGCCUAGGACUUGCCGAUCAUAAGGUCGGCGGUUCGAAUCCCCGCGAUGGGAUGAGCUCCCGUUGCUUGGUCCCAGCUCCUGCCAACCUAGCAGUUCAAAAGCACGUCAAAGUGCAAGUAGCAAAGGCCAUAGCACAGAAGUAGAGCAUCUCUGCCUUGCAUGCAGAAGGUCCAGGGUUCAGAUGUCCUUUUUAUUUAAAAUGCAUCUCUGGGGUAUUUGUGGGGCACAGAAAUUCAUUCUUUUUUUUUUCCUUCCCAAAAUAUAGUCUGGCCCCCCACAAGGUCUGAGGGACAGUGAACUGGCCCCCUGCUGAAAAAAUUUGCUGACCCCUGGUCCAGAUACAAGGAUUUCCAGAUGGAGAAAUCAGGCACAGUCGUGUCUAGCUCAGUGAACUUUGAACAAGGUGGCGCUGUGGGUUAAACCACAGAGCCUAGGGCUUGCCGAUCAGAAGGUUGGCAGUUCGAAUCCCCGCAAUGACGGGGUGAGCUCCCGUUGCUCGGUCUCUGCUCCUGCCAACCUAGCAGUUCGAAAGCACACCGGUGCAAGUAGAUAAAUAGGUACCUCUCCGGCGGGAAGGUAAACGGCAUUUCCGUGCACUGCUCUGGUUCGCCAGAAGCGGCUUAGUCAUGCUGGACACAUGACCCGGAAGCUGAACGCCGGCUCCCUCGGCCAAUAAGGCGAGAUGAGCGCCGCAACCCCAGAGUCGUUUGCGACUGGACCUAACGGUCAGGGGACCCUUUACCUUUACCAGUGAACUUUGUUCAUUCCAAGCCCAGGACUGGGCACCAAAUCAAGUUGGGACAGGGGGACCUGAGUUCAGGAAGGAAGCCCAAGCUUGGGUACCUGGAAGUUGUGUUUCUGAAGGGCUUUGAGCGCAGUCCCCUGGUGUCACAGAGGAGAGACCUGGCAAGGACUCCCUUUGGUGGCGCAACCUGUUCUAAGUCAGCCUCCCGUUGCAACAUCCCAUUGCGACUUGCCCUACUUCUGAAACGUCGGCCGAGAAAGGCUGCUUGCGUUUCUGGCUCGGGGAACGUGGCGCCUCGUCCUGAUUGCCCUAUAUAACUGGAAAAGCAUGCUCUGCCGGAUUUCCUUCAGAGCUCUGCCCUGCCUGCUUUCUGCGUUGGCUGAUGUGCCUCCAAUGUGGCCUUCUGCGCUGAGGACUUGCCCCACCGGUUCGGGGAACACCUGCAGUUGCUCGGCUAGGUAGAGCCUAGCCGGUCUGGGCUUGGCGAGCGUUUGGGCAGAGAGCCCAUUUGGCUCCCGUUCUGGAGCUCUUGGGACCAUGUGGCUGGACAGGGAUCUCUGUCGUCGUCCAAUAUGGCCCCCGGCUGGGCGCAUGGUCUACAGCAUCCAUGGCAGGUGGCUUAAGUACCGUAUUUUUCGCUCUAUAAGACGCACCGGACCACAAGACGUACCUCGUUUUUGGAGGAGGAAAACAAGAAAAAAAACCAUUCUGAAUCUCAGAAGCCAGAACAGCAAGAGGGAUCGCUGCGCAGUGAAAGCAGCAAUCCCUCUUGCUGUUCUGGCUUCUGGGAUAGCUGCGCAGCCUGCAUUCGCUCCAUAAGACGCACACACAUUUCCCCUUACUUUUUAGGAAGGAAAAAGUGAGUCUUAUAGAGCAAAAAAUACGGUACCUCCAGCAAAAAAGGAGCCCAGCACCACCUUGAGGCAGCCUGAACAGCCGUGGCAAGUUUCUCCUGGCGUUUAGCUGAAAUCUGUUCCCCUCCCGUCUUCUGUGCGUCUUCUGUCUUGAGAUAAUUGGAAGAAUUUGUCAUAUUCUCUAGUCUUAACCUCCAUCGUUCUGCCCGGACACUGAGGUCCAGCACCGAGGGCCUUCUGGCGGUUCCCUCGCUACGAGAAGCCAAGUUACAGGGAACCAGGCAGAGGGCCUUCUCGGUGGUGGCACCCACCCUCCCACCAGAUGUCAAAGAGAAAAAUAACUACCAAACUUUAGAAGACCCCUGAAGGCAGCCCUGUUCAGGGAAGCUUUUAAUGUUUAAUAGGUUAUUGUAUUUUAGUGUUUUGUUGGAAGCCGCCCAGAGUGGCUGGGGAAACCCAGCCAGAUGGGCGGGGUAUAAAUAAUAAAUUAUUAUUAUUAGUAGUAGUAGUAGUAGUAAUAGUAGUAGUAGUAGUAUUACAGGCACCAUGCGUGUAAGUGAAAUUACUUAUACCAGAAACACCUUUGAAAAAGGCUUGCAGACACCCUCUAAAAACUAUCCGAAACCCCUUUAGAGAACCCAACGCCCACCAAGCGCCACCACAGCUGCUCCCUCCAGACUUUGCUCAGACUCCAGCUCUCCAAAACCCGGCUCCUGGGAUUGCGCUUGCAAAGGCCUGUGGGAUUUUGUGCCAUUUCUGCUGUUGCCAUGCUUUCCCAACAUCAGGGUCUUUUCCAGGGAGUCUUCUCUUCUCCUGAGGUGGCCAAAGUCUUGGAGCCUCAGCUUCAGGAUCUGUCCUUCCAGUGAGCACUCAGGGCUAAUUUCCUUCAGAAUGGAUAAUCGGUUUGAUCUUCUUGCAGUCCAUGGGACUCUCCAGAGUCUCCUCCAGCACCAGAAUCCAAAAGCAUCCAUUCUUUGGCGAUCAGCCUUCUUUAUGGGUUGGGGGUGUCUAAACAGGGGAACAAGUUGCUCAAAUGGAAGCAUUAUUCCUUUCCCCUACUUUCAGUUAAUUAGAAUUAAUAAUACAUAUGUAUUUAAGGAUAUAUCUUUACACGUGUCGUGUAAAAUAUGCACGCACAAGCGUGUGUGUGUGUGUAAUCACAUAAAUGAAAGUUUUUGUCCCUAGCUAGGAUUAGAGUUUAGUGGGACGCAGGUGGUGCUGUGGGUAAAACCUCAGCGCCUAGGACUUGUCGAUCGCAUGGUCGGCGGUUCGAAUCCCCACGGCGGGUUGCGCUCCCGUCGUUCCGUCCCAGCGCCUGCCAACCUAGCAGUUCGAAAGCACCCCCGGGUGCAAGUAGAUAAAUAGGGAUUGCUUACCAGCGGGAAGGUAAACGGCGUUGCGUGUGCUGCGCUGGCUCGCCAGAUGCAGCUUGUCACGCUGGCCACGUGACCCGGAAGUGUCUGCGGACAGCGCUGGCUCCCGGCCUAUAGAGUGAGAUGAGCACACAACCCUAGAGUCUGGCAAGACUGGCCCAUACGGGCAGGGGUACCUUUACCUUUAUCUUAGGAUUAGGGUUACCUCCAUCUAGGGCUAGGAGAAACCCAUCUAACCGACAUGGACUCACCGGGAUUUCAGUCGUGACAGUCCUGAGCUAGGUGAACAAAUCUGAAGGGGGCAUUUUCCUAUGCUAUAUAUCCCUAAUACAGUGGUGCCUCGCAAGACAAAAUUAAUCCGUUCCGCGAGUGUCUUCGUCUAGCGGUUUUUUCGUCUUGCGAAGCAACCCUAUUAGCGGCUUAACGGAUUAGCGCUAUUAGCGGUUUAGCGGCUAUUAAAGGCUUAUCGGAUUAGCUGCUAAAAGGCUAUUAAAGGCUUAGCGGCUUAGAUAAAGGGGGGGGAAAGCGGAAAAAAAAAUCUCAAGACUCGCAAGACAUUUUGGUCUUGCGAAGCAAGCCCAUAGGGAAAUUCGUCCUGCGAAGCAACUCAAAAACGGAAAACCCUUUCGUCUAGCGGGUUUUCCGUCUUGCGAGGCAUUCGUCUUGCGGCGCACCACUGUACAAUGGUACCUCUGGUUGCGAACAGGAUCCGUUCCGGGGGCCCGUUCGCAACACGAAAAGCCCACAACCUGAAGUGCCAUAUCUGCGCAGGUGCGCGGCGUGAUUUGGCGCUUAUGCGCAAAGCACAAUUUCGCACUUGUGCGCAUGCUCGAGCUGCGAAACCCGGAAGUAACCCUUUCCAGUACUUCCAGGUCGCCGCGGGACGCAGCCUGAAAAAAACAUAACAUGAAGCAAACGUAACACGAGGUAUGACUGUAAUACAUAAGGAUCGAUUUUUUUCUUGCACAUUGUCAUUCCGGUAACAAGAGUAAACAAGCUCUUGUUUUUCUCAGCAAAUUUUUCCUCCCCAUCCACCUUGCCAAUACGCCUGUGGUCGGCUGAAUCCUGCAAACUGUUCCCCACACCUUAGGAAGCCGUGCGUCUACAGAAGGUGUUUUUUGGGAUUUCUUCCAAUUUCGACGGAUUAGCGUUCUAGCCGUCCCACUGCAUUUCUGCGCUGGGUGUGGAAGAAUGAGGCACGUGGUCUCUGCCGGGAAACGGGGUGGGGGCGGACUGCGACGCCUGCUUGUCAGCUAGGCCCCUCGACUCUUUGGGAUCUUUUGCUACGUAUAGCUGGGAAUGGGGGAGAAACCAGAUUCGGCUUGCGUUUCAAAAGGCAAACCUUUCUGGAGCAAUUCGCAAGCCGAAAUGCAACCGCCUUCCAAAAUUCACCGGAAUUUUGCAAGGUGCAAUUCUCGAACGGGGGGGGGGGGGGGAGGCGACGCUCUGGGCGCAGAGUAAUGUUCACAUUAGCAAAAACCACAAGCACAUUUUAUCGGGGGACGUUGCAGAAAUGCAUAGUGGCGAUGUGUGUGUACAGGAGAAAUUUGCGCAGAAAUGUGGGUGGAUUUUCACAAGGUCUUUUAUUUUAUUUUUCAAAAAGUUUUAUUAAUUUUCCAGAAUUUUUUUUUUAAGACAAACAAACAAAUACACAAACAGACAUAAAUCUCAACCGUAUUUAAACCAAACUUAGUAACCUUGUUAAGUGACUUCCUCGUAUCCCCCUGGUUGAAUUUCAGUGUACAUCAUUUUAACGGUUUUCCAAAACCUAAAUUCUUAUAAAGUUAACUUAAACACUUAACAUCUUUCUUUCUUUCCAAUUCAGCAUUAAACAUGUUAAUUCAUCUCAUUACAUAUCUAAAUCCUAGGCCUAUCUGGUAUUUUCAAGCUUUUCCAAGUAAAUUAAUUUAACAUAUUUAACUAAAUAAUCUUUAAAUUUCGUCCAUUCUUCCUGGUAAUCCUCCUCCUUUUGGUCACAGACUCUUCCGGUUAGGUUGGCCAGCUACGAAAAAUCCAUCAUCUUCAUCUGCCAAUCUUCCACUGUUGGUAUUUCUUGUGUUUUCCGUUUCUUAGCUAAUAAAAUUCGAGCAGCAGUUGUGGCAUACAAAAAUAAUUUAACAUCUUUCUUGGGCAGUUCCAAACCUAUUAUUCCAUGAAGAAAGGCCUCUGGUUUCUUUCACGGGGUCUUUAAAAAAAAAAACCAAAAAAAAAAAAAACCAAUUCGCAAACAGAUGUGGAAAGGUAAAAAUUGCCUCUCCUUCCCUCCCUCUUAGCUAUCAGAUCCACCUGCUCUUUUAAAAGCGAGGCCAGCUUAGAGUCUCGCAACGCGCAAGAGACAGAGAAAGAGAGAGACUUUUUCACACGGCCACAAAAGGUAGUGAUCAGCACCAGUCUGGAUGGCGUUAAAAGGGAAAUAGAGGCAGAGGCCAUCGGUGGUACCUCGGGUUAAGAACUUAAUUCGUUCUGGAGGUCCGUUCUUAACCCGAAACUGUUCUUAACCUGAGGUACCACUUAGCUAAUGGGGCCUCCUGCUGCCACGCGAUUUCUGUUCACAUUCUUAACCUAAGGUUCUAUUUCUGGGUUAGCGGAGUUUGUAACCUGAAGCGUCUGUAACCCGAGGUACCACUGUGUUUAUUUAUUUGUUAAUUGAUUUCCACACACAUUUGAAGGCAAUGUACAGAACGCAAUAAACACAGUUCAAACCAGUUCAAAUCCGUGCAGGAAGCACGUUCGCAACCUGCAGCGCCGUGUCUGCGCAUGCGCAGGUCGUGCUUCUGUGCAUGUGCAAAGCGUGAUUUAGCACUUAUGCUCAAGCACCAAAACCCAGAAAUAACCCGUUCUGGUAUUUCCGGGUUUGGCGCGGUGCGCAACCCGAAAUUGCGCAACCCAAAGCGACUGUAACCCGAGGUAUGACUGUACAGAUAUCAGCAGUAUUGGGAGGGACUGGACAUCCAGUGUCAAAUAAACACUCUUUGUCUUCUUAGUCGCCUUCCUCUGCACACAUUCCGGCUUGUCAAUAUCCUUCUUAACAGUUAAAGGUAAAGGGACCUCUGACCAUUAGGUCCAGUCGUGACCGACUCUGGGGUUGCGGUGCUCAUCUCGCUUUAUUGGCCGGGUCAUGUGGCCAUCAUGACUAAGCCGCUUCUGGUGAACCAGAUCAAUGCAUGGAAUCGCCGUUUACCUUUCCGCCAGAGCGGUACCUAUUUAUCUACUUGCACUGGUGUGCUUUCAAACUGCUAGGUGGGCAGGAGCAGGGACCGAGCAACGGGAGCUCACCCCGUUGCGGGGAUUUGAACUGCCGACCUUCUGAUCAGCAAGUCCUAGGCUCUGUGGUUUAACCCACAGCGCCACCCGCGUCCCUUCCUUAAUGGUAAGAGAAUGAUAUUGAAGAUGAACUUAGAAAGGCUUCACAAAGUUCUGCCUCGCCCCCCCAAAUGAACUUGGUUUCAUGUUCAUUUCACCCAGCCGUUCUGGAGAAGACGAGAACAAGAGUAGAUAGGAUAGCUGUCUUCCAAUAUCUCAAGAGCUGCCGCAUCGAGUUUGUUUUCUCCUGCUCCAGGGGGUGGGACUUGAACCCAGGACUUUCUGACUGUGUUAGGCAGUGGAACAGGCUCCCUCAAGAGGUUGUGGACUCUCCUUUGUCGGAGGUGUUUAAGCAGAAGCCACCUGUCGUGGGUGCUUUAGUUGAGCUUUCCUGCAUUGCAGGGGGUUAGACUAGAUAACUCCAGGGGUCCCUUCCAAGUCUACAAUUCUAUGGUUCUAGUUCGGCGAGCAUCGUUUGACCCAACUUGGUCGUUCCAAGCCCUGGGUAAAAACAUGCACAGGAUUAAGACAUAUUAAUGUCUUAAUCCUGUGCAUGUUUUUAGGAACGGCUAAGGGAGCUGGGCAUGUUUAGCCUGGAGAAGGGGAGGUUAAGGGGUGAAGCCAUGUUCAAAUAGAUAAAAGGAUGUCACAUAGAGGAGGGAGAAAGGUUGUUUUCUGCUGCUCCAGAGAAGCGGACACGGAGCAAUGGAUCCAAACUACAAGAAAGAAGAUUCCACCUAAACAUUAGGAAGAACUUCCUGACAGUAAGAGCUGUUCGACAGUGGAAUUUGCUGCCAAGGAGUGUGGUGGAGUCUCCUUCUUUGGAGGUCUUUAAGCAGAGGCUUGACAACCAUAUGUCAGGAGUGCUCUGAUGGUGUUUCCUGCUUGGCAGGGGGUUGGACUCGGUGGCUCUUGUGGUCUCUUCCAACUCUAUGAUUCUAUGAUUCUAUUCUAUGAUUCUAAGACCUUGGAACAGCGAUGGGUUUUGUUUGUUUUUGCUCACCUGAAAUCCUUGGUUUUCCACCCAAAGUAUUAGCUGUGGGUUUGACCAGGUGGACGGGAGUCGAGACGGUCUUUUCACCAUCAUCACCAUCCUGUUACAGCAACCUCCUUUCCCCCCGUAUAAUAUUCUUUAUUGAUUUUCAUUUGCACACUCCACAUACACAUACAUUUCACAUUUAAACCUGCUUCCCAGAGCCGACUUCCUUCCUUCCCUCUCGUGGCCUUUUAGAUCACAUCUAACUUGUUCUCAUGGUCUUCAUCCGUUUUGUAUAUUAUUGUUGUUCUUUCAUAUUUGUCCAUAGUGUGUCUGUAGUCAAUAAAUCCUCCUGUAUGUACAAUUUUUAUUGUCUGUCUGUAUUUAUUUACAACUACCCUUGGUUGGGACGCGGGUGGCGCUGUGGGUUAAACCACAGAGCCUAGGACUUGCUGAUCAGAAGGUCGGCAGUUCGAAUCCCCGCGACGAUGGGGUGAGCUCCCGUUGCUCGGUCCCUGCUCCUGCCCACCUAGCAGUUCGAAAGCACGCCAAAGUCCAAGUAGAUAAAGAGGUACCACUCCGGCGGGAAGGUAAACGGUGUUUCCGUGCGCUGCUCUGGUUCGCCAGAAGUGGCUCAGUCCUGCUGGCCACAUGACCCGGAAGCUGUACACUGGCUCCCUCGGCCAAUAAAGCGAGAUGAGCACCGCAACCCCAGAGUCAUCCGUGACUGGACCUAAUGGUCAGGGGUCCCUUUACCUUUACUUACCAUUGGUUACAUUAAUCACAUUGUACAUUUUACUUUUUAUUAUUUUCUUUAUCCAGAAAUUUUCAUUGUAUUUCACAUUAUGAGGUUUCACGGUUUCACCUUACCCUUCCUGUGGAUGACAUAAAUUUCCCCCAUUCUUUUUGAAAUGUUUCAUCGCCCCGUUGUCGAAUUUCCCCCGUUAAUCUAGCUAUUUCUGCAUAUUCCAUUACCUUCUGUCGCCGUUCUUCUACUGUUGGUACUUGCUGCGGUUUCCAAACCUUGGCAAACCCCCUUUCAGAGCACCUGGGUCCAAAUACUGGGACAGGAUUUUGACGACGCCCUUCGUGGGCCUGUGUAAUCCCGGUUAGCUUCAGCAUGGUGCGGGAAAACCAUCCAGCAAGCACAUUCCUCGCCGAACGGACGUGCUUGCAUUUCGCGAGGGAACAGAGAGUACCGUAUUUUUCGCUCUAUAACACGCACCAGACCAUAACACGCACAUAGUUUUUAGAGGAAAACAAGAAAAAAAAAUAUUCUAAACGAAAUAGUGGAUAUAUGAUUUUUGUGGUUCAUGCUGUGGCCACAGACAUGUGAUCUGACAGUGCGUUUGGAGUAGCCCAAUGCAAAAAUCCUGUGGAUCCAUGCAUUGUAACCACGGAGGACGGAAGGAAGGGGAACCAUGGAUCCUCUGCUCACGACUGCAGCAGAUCCCCCCCGCCACCCGCAGGCAUUUGCUCCAUAACACGCACAGACAUUUCCCCUUACUUUCUAGGAGGAAAAAAGUGAGUGUUAUGGUGCAAAAAAUACGGUAGAUGCAGUUGUUAAGUGGCUGGCUUCCACUCGUCUUUCCUUUCCUUAAAGGAAGAAAAAUACAUGUGGAAUUGGAGAAAGGGGCUGCAUUCGGCGCUGCUUCUCUUGCCUUCUAGUCCUUCCCGUUUCCCUCCCUCUCUCUGGGCUGCAACGCUUCCAGAGGUCUCCGCAAAGCCUGCAGGGAAUGGACCCCAGGGAGGCGAGGAGCCUUCUCAGGCCUGUCUUUGCGAUGAUUGCAGCGUUUGUAAAUGGACUGCAGUAUCUCUUGGUGGGGCGAGCAGGCGGUGAGCUGUAAGAAUAGGCAAGGGGGGAGAACGCAAGACUUUUCAGAGUGCAGGUCAAGUAGACUUGGGCAGCCUCCGCAGCUGUGUGCUGCAAAAUUUGGGAUUGCAGGCCUUGAGACAGACAACCGGCUUGAUUUCGACAUGGCUCUUUAUGGCCUCAUUCUGAAUCUCAGGUAGGCAUCCUUUGCUGUGCUCAUUUUGGUGCCGACGAAUAGCGUUUUUGUUUGAAGACAAGCCUGCCCAGGUGUUCAGAAAGCUUUCCGCAAGAUUUAAUCCACUGUUCGUCCAUUGUCGUUUAACUUUUCUUACUGAUAAUUUCAUCCUAGAAUCUAAGAAUCGUAGAGUCGGCUAGAAUCUCUCUGGGGAUGGUGGCAAACAUUGGGAAAUCUUCGUUGCUUCCCUUCGGUUCUGCAUCUCCUGCUUUGCCUGCAUGUCUUGGACUCUGUGCUUGCUGUAAGCCUAAGUAAGGUCCACAGAGGGAUGCGGGUGGUGCUGUGGGUUAAACCACACAGCCUAGGGCUUGCCGAUCAGAAGGUCGGCGGUUCGAAUCCCUGCAACAGGGUGAGCUCCCGUUGCUCGGUCCCUGCUCCUGCCAACCUAGCAGUUCGAAAGCACGUCAAAGUGCAAGUAGAUAAAUAGGUACCGCUCCGGCGGGAAGGUAAACGGCGUUUCCGUGCGCUGCUCUGCUUCGCCAGAAGCGGCUUAGUCAUGCUGGCCACAUGACCCGGAAGCUGUACGCCGGCUCCCUCGGCCAAUAAAGCGAGAUGAGCGCCGCAACCCCAGAGUCGGCCACGACUGGGCCUAAUGGUCAGGGGUCCCCUUACCUUUACCUUAAGUUCUACAGAAUUGGAAGGGACCCCAAGGGGUUGUCUAGUCCAAGCAUGGGAUGCGGGUGGUGCUGUGGUCAGGGCCAGCUUAAGCAUAUGCGCUGGUCCCCCUUUCACAGAGUUGUCAACCUUUUUUUAGGGCUGGAGGAGGCAGGCAGCGGCUGGAGGGUGGCUCCUCCAGCGGUGAAGAGGUGGAGGCUGAACAUGGCGCCUCCUGGCUCAGCUGGCCGCUUCGUGCCACGGUGGCCACGGCAAGCAGCGCACCAAGUGAGCGGGCCUGCGCCGAGCAAGCAAGGGCGUGUGCGCCGCUCCCCCCAGCAUCAGCUUGGUUUUUCCCUUUUAGCCUUCUGGUGCCCCGCAGAAUUUGGCGCCUGCAUGCUAAAAGGGGAAAAAAUUGAGGUGACACUCGGUGGGAGUAGGACACGCACCCUCGCUCACUCAGCGCACUUGUUCAGUCCUCCCCGGACUCUCGCCUACCGCUCUCGAGAACUUGGCGCCCUGCGCUGCUAGCCUCUAUAGGUAAGGCGGGCCUGGCUGUGGUCUAAACCAUUGAGCAUCUUGGGCUUGCCGACCGAAAGGUCGGCGGUUCGAAUCCCCGCGACGGGGUGAGCUCCCUUUGCUCUGUCCCAGCUCCUGCCAACCUAGCAGUUCGAAAACACACCAGUGCAAGUAGAUAAAUAGGUACCGCUGCGGCAGGAAGGUAAACGGCGUUUCUGUGCGCUCUGGUUUCCAUCACGGUGUCCCGUUGCGCCAGAAGCGGUUGAGUCCUGCUGGCCACAUGACCCGGAAAGCUGUCCGGGGACAAACGCCAGCUCCCUCAGCCUGAAAGUGAGACGAGCGCCGCAACCCCAGAGUCGCCUUUGACUGGACUCAACCGUCCAGGGUCCUUUACCUUUUUUUUACCUACUCCAAGCCCAUGUGAUGCAAUAAUCGCAUCUGAUUUGCUUGGCCUUCCUACUGUUGAUCUGUGCCAGGGGUCAGCAACCUUUUUCAGCCGUGGGCCAGUCCACCGUCCCUCAGACCAUGUGGUGGGGUGGACUGUAUUUUGAAGGGGAAAAUGAACAAAUUCCUGUGUUCCACAAAUAACCCAGAGAUGCAUUUUAAAUAAAAACACACAUUCUACUCAUGUAAAAACACCAGGCAGGCCCCACAAAUAACCCAGAAAUGCAUUUUAAAUAAAAGGGCACAUUCUAUUCAUGUAAAAACACACUGAUUCCCGGACCCGCCGCGGGCCGGAUUUAGAAGGCGAUUGGACCGGAUCCAGGCCUUAGUUUGCCUACCUAUGCCUUACGCGUUAGUGCAAUGAAUAUUCAUGCCUUGAUUGUUUUGUGCGACGGCGAGGGUUUGGAAAGGGCAAACUGUAACGCAGGGGUCAGCAAACUUUUUCAGCAGGGGGCCAGUCCACUGUCCCUCAGACCUUGUGGGGGGCCGGACUAUAUUUUUUGGGGGACGAACGAAUCCCCAUGCCCCACAAAUAACCCAAAGAUGCACUUUAAAUAAAAGCACACAUUCUACUCACGUAAAAACACCAGGCAGGCCCCACAAAAAAACACGCUGAUUCCCGGACCAUCCGCGGGCCGGAUUGAGAAGGGCCUUAGGUUGCCUAUCCCUGAUCUAUACAUUUAGCCCGGGGGUUAGGUGGGGAACCUCAGGCCAAGGGGUGAAAUGACCCCCUCUGGUCCUCGCGGCUCUCUUCUCCUCAGGCCAUGCCUCUUUGCUAGCCUACCUUUGCAUCUUCCUUGCUUUCCCCCCAUUGCAGAUUAUGUCCUUUAACUCUUGAUUCUAUGAUUCUUUUCCCAUCAACCAGUUCCUACCUCACCGGGUUAUUUGUAAGGAUCCUAGUCAGGGGCGUGGUGGCGAAGCGUUUGAGCCGCUCCCAAGCUCUCGAGAGGGCAAGCAGUAUUGUCGUCGUUUUGAUUUGCAUAUUUUAGUUUCCCUUUUAAAAAAAAUAGAGAGCAAAUAAUGCAAUUCAGCGUUAAUGAAUUUGAUUGUAACGCGAGCCUUCGCAUUGUCACAAGAGGAGGCAUGUCAGGAUUUGAACGGGGAACCUUGGGCUCGCUGCGGCUGUUUGUGCCCAGCCUACAGAGCUCUCUUCAGGCACAAAAGGGAAUUGCUGCAUCCAGCAAAAAUCUCUGCCAUUGGGUGUCCACACAAAGACCCUGGAUUGGGGAGAUGGGAUGAGAAUAUUAGGACCUUAAGGCUCUAAAAUAUGGGUAGGCAAACUAUGUCCCGGGGGCCGGAUCCGUCCCAAUCACCUUCUCAAUCCGGCCCACAGACGGUCCGGGAAUCAGCAUGUUUUUACACAAGUAGAGCGUGUCCUUUUAUUUAAAAUGCAUCUCUGGGUUAGUUGUGGGGCAUAGGAAUUGGUUCAUUUUCCCCCUUCAAAAUAUAGUCCGGCCCCCCACAAGGUCUGAGAGUCAGUGGACCGGCCCCUGCUGAAAAAGUUUGCUGACCAUGGUCUAAAAUCAGUAAUAAGAUGUAAGAGCCUUACUUAAGACUAGAUUUCCUUCAGCAAAGCUUGUUGUAGUAGUUGUUGUAGUUUAGAUUUAUGUACCACCCUUCUCACAAGAUCUCAGGGUGCUUCACAGGAUGAAACGCAAGGUGGUGAAAGGUGGUUGAAACGAAAACAACAAAACAGGAACAAGAUUGAGGACUAGCGGCGUGAGGAGUUUGGUAGGCAGCUAUUCGAACGCCACAGUUGCACCAGCAGCACAAAACAUAGUUACUGGACCGCAGAUGUCAACAAAGUUGUUGUGGCUUGGGCCGGUUUAUGGUCCUGCAGACGCCGCGGUGGGCCGGAGUACGCGUGCGCACACAUGCGCAAACUCUAUUUCCGGCACGGAGGAGGCAUGCGUUGCUUCCUGCAGCCAAUGGGAAGCCGGCCAGCGUCGUGGAGAGCGGUCCCUGCUCUGCUGUGCUCUGCGCCGGUUUAGUGCAGCGCAUGGGAAGCAAGCGGGAGUCUAUGGGCCGGUUAAAUGACCGUUGUGGCCCAUGGGCCUUAGGUUGCAGACCCCUGGGACACAGGAUCCUGCUCCCUGAGAAUGUUGGUUUUUAUUAAAUUGAAACCAAGGCGCUAGUCCUCAGUGCCAAGAGGGCAAGCCUGCUGAUAUCACAGAAGCCUGGGCGUCAGAGGCGCCUUACUGGCUUUCCCCCAUGGCUAUUAGAACCAUUCUUUUGCCAAAUACCUGAAUGCACAGAAUAAAGGGAAAUAACUUAGCACAAUCUCUCUAUCCAGCAUCCAGAUUUUCUUAGUGCUCACAGAAUAGGAACUUGAGGACUAGAAGCCUGCAACGUUUGCUGGGUUGCUCAAAAGAAGGUCUGGCGGGGUAUGGAAUGGUGGGGUUCUCUCAGGGUGGGUUUGGUUUAAACCAAAUCGAUUUAAAUCACUAGCCAGUAAGACUUGAUUUAAAUCAUUAUUUUUUACAGAAAGAGUCGUUCUUGCUGGUAUAAUCUUAAUAUUUACAACCCGUUUCAUUUUUGGAAUAAUAAAUUCUCAGUCAUUUUUUUUACAGUUAUAUCAAAAAUGACUGAUUUGGUUAUACUAUUCGAAAUACACAGACAGGCAAUUGUGAAAUCGUUGCGAGGUUUAAUAAGUUGACUGUUUAUAUUUGGACAACUUUUCUGCUGUACUUAAUUGGAAGGAGAAAAAUAAUCGUAACAAUUUAAACAAUUCGUUUGGCUAAAACAAUAACAUUAUAGCAUAUGUGUCCAUGUUUGUUAACUGAUGUGGUUAAACAAUUAAAAGAAAAGCUUAGGCUGAGCUUUAGCACACAUGAAAAACUUAAAACAAAUCCUUAUUUCCUGAUGAAUAGCCUUCGGACUAGAAUGUAACUUUAAGAGAAAAAUCUUCGGAAUGAUUUUUCCUCCAAAAGCAUUUUAUUUUUAAAAUCCAAUUUAAUUUUUUUUUUAAAAAAUAAUCAAUUUAAGUAAAUAAAAAAUCUGUUUUUUGGUGUGUGUUUUUUAAUCAUUGGUUUUUAUCCACCCUGGUUUCUCUUGAGCCAGGAGCGUGCCUGUUGUGGGUGGGUGUUGCUGGCACCCUCUCUUGUGGCACUCCAGAAACCCUGCGUGGUUGGGCAAACCGGAAUUUCCUUCUGUUUCGUGUUGGCGCUUGGUGGGUGGGGAGCCGGUCUUUCCUGUCUCAGCCUUGCUUGGUCAUCAUGACUAUGGCAUGGGAGGGCGAUGUGCAAACAAGCACCCGGGUGCCUCUUGUACAACGAGGUGCAUGUCAGCGCGGAUCAUAGAAUUGAGGAGUAAGGGGGUGAUCUCGCCCAACCCUCCGUGGUGCAGGAAUCCCAUCGCCCAACACAGGACUCGAACCCAGAACCCUGGCCUUAAAGAAUCCCAUGCUCUAACCCACUGAGCUGUCCCAGAAAUGGGUAUAUUCCCUUCUGAACCUGGACGUUCCAAAGUACAGUCAUACCUCAGGUUACAGACACUUCAGGUUGCGUUUUUUGGGUUAAAGGUAAAGGGACCCCUGACCAUUAGGUCCAGUUGUGGCCGACUCUGGGGUUGCGGCGCUCAUCUCGCUUUAUUGGCCAAGGGAGCCGGCGUACAGCUUCCGGGUCAUGUGACCAGCAGGACUAAGCCGCUUCUGGCAAACCAGAGCAGCGCACAGAAACGCCGUUUACCUUCCCGCCGGAGCGGUACCUAUUUAUCUACUUGCACUUUGAGGUGCUUUCGAACUGCUAGGUUGGCAGGAGCAGGGACCGAGCAACGGGAGCUCACUCCGUCAUUGCAGGGAUUCGAACCGCCAACCUUCUGAUCAGCAAGUCCUAGGCUCUGUGGUUUAACCCACAGCGCCACCUGGGUUACGGACCGCCGAAACCCAGAGUUACCAGAAUGGGUUACUUCUGGAUUUCGGAGGUCGCGCAUGCGCAGAAGUGCUAAAUUGUGCAUGCACAGAAGUGCUGAUUUGAGACCUGCGUGUGCGCUGACGAGCCGCUGCGGGUUGCGAAUGUCCAUCCUGUCCAGAUCACGUUCGCAACCCGAGCGUAUUUGGAGCAGGUGGUGGUUUCAAAAUACAGUGAACCCUCCAAAUAUGAACUUAAUUCAUCUCGGGGGUCCAUACUUAUCCCGAAAAGUCCGUAUCCGGAGGCGCCACUUCUGCGCGCACACGCGGCCGAUACAGUGUUUCUGAGCAUGCGCAAAGCGUUUCUGCACAUGCGUGCGCGAAGAGACCCGGAAGUAUACACUUCUGGGUUUACCGCAUUCGUAACUCAAAAUUACGUUACCCGAAGACCCGAGGUACCACUGUAAUUGCAUAUUAGUUACACCAAAUACACCAAAUUUGCACAAUGUGUUGUCUUCCAGAUGCACCAUUUUGGUGGGGUUUUUUUGUUAAAAUACAGAGCAGUAUUAGGUCUGGAUAUAAAUAAAGCAGGAGGAAAGAUAUAGUUCAUUUCUCUUAAUUUGGUACUGCCCUGUAGCUUAAUCCUCAACUGAUCGUUCUCUCUCAAAUAGCACCUCCACAGAUUUCCCUCUUCUCCCCUACAAAAAGAAAAAAAAAAAGAGAAGUUGUUAGAGUUGUAGCCAACUCUAAGUAAAGGUAAAGGGACCCCUGACCAUUAGGUCCAGUCGUGACCGACUCUGGGGUUGCGGCGCUCAUCUCACUUCAUUGGCCAAGGGAGCCAGCGUACAGCUUCCGGGUCAUGUGCCCAGCAUGACUAAGCCGCUUCUGGCGAAGCAGAGCAGCGCACGGAAACGCCAUUUACCUUCCCGCCGGAGCUGUACAUAUAUAUAUAUAUGUAUAUGUAUAUACUUGUACUUUGACGUGCUUUCGAACUGCUAGGUUGGCAGGAGCAGGGACCAAGCAACGGGAGCUCACCCCAUCGCGUGGAUUCGAACCACCGACCUUCUGAUCGGCAAGUCCUAGGCUCUGUGGUUUAACCCACAGCGCCACCCGCGUCCCCAACUCUAAGUAGACCCACUGAAAUUAACUUUUGCUUUUCGGUGGGACUGCUGAGGGCUAGCAGAGCCCGGGGGUCAGGAACCACAUACGAGGUAGGAAACUUUUGCAAAAGUGUGUUUUGUUUCCAACUUGUCGCUUUAGUAGUUAUUAUUAUAUUUCAUUUCAUUUGUACCCACCCACUGAGCUGAGCGGGGCUUCGAACCCUGUUCUCCCUGUUCUCCCAAUCUGGUUAUCAUUAUAGGACACCCUAGAUAUUUUCCAAAGAAGCAACAUUCCAAGCUUUGGAAAGAAGGAUGUACUUAAAAGUUGGCUCUUGUAAGCCAAAAUUCACUGUCAGAUAAGUGUUUCUGGGUUCCUGGGGUGGGGGCUUGGGACAGGAAGCUAGAUUCAACAUAUCUGAGGACUAGCGACUUUGGGGGGCUUUCUGUGAGCUGUUACUCCUUUCUUUUUGGACUGCUGGCCCCCCUAGAUGUAUGCAGUUUCUUACCAGGUUGCCAUUUUAACUACAGUGGUACCUCUGGUUGCAAACGGGAUCCGUUCCAGAGGCCCGUUUGCAACAUGAAAAGAGCGCAACCUGCAGCGGCUCGUCUGCGCACGCACGGGUUGUGAUUCGCCGCUUCUGCGCAUGCGCGUGACGUCAUUCUGCACAUGCGCGAGCAGCAAAACCCGGAAGUAACCCUUUCUGGUACUUCCGGGUCGCCACUGGACAUAACCCGAAAGAACGUAACAUGAGCUAUGACCGUACGUUUGAAACGACAACGGGAGGGUGUGCAUAUGUGUAUUUCGCAAUACAGUCAUACCUUGGGUUGAAGUAGCUUCGGGUUGAGCAUUUUCGGGUUGCGCUCCGCGGUGACCUGGAAGUAACGGAGCGCGUAACUUUUGGGUUUCGCCGCAUGCGCAGAUGCUCAAAAUGACAUCACGCGCUAAAGCGGCGAAUCGCGACUCGCAGGCGCGGGUUGCGUUUGCUUCAGGAUGCGAACAGGGCUCCGGAACGGAUCCCGUUCGCAUCCAGAGGUACCACUGUAUGUCCAGCAACAUCCAGGGACCCACAUUUGAGAUGUCCGUCGCAAAGUGGACCCUUCGCCAGUGGCUAAAAAUGCGCCGGGGUGCGUGUGUUCUUUUUUUCUUCCUUUUUAAUCAAUUUUUAUCGGUUUUACAUAAAGUUGUACACAGUAAGCAUAACCAUUCCAAAUAAAUAAAUAAAAGGAGGUUAUUUCGAACCUUCAGACCUCCUUCCCUCCCUCCGCCGGUUCCAUUACUGAAAUGUUUUUGUUUUUAUUUUUCCUGCAUCUUGUACCUUAAUCCAUCUACCGUAUUUUUCGCCCUAUAGGACGCACCGGCCCAUAGGGCGCACUUAUUUUUUGGGGGGGGGGGGUAAUAAAGGAAAAGAAUUAUAUUCCCCCCCCAGCCCCCAAGAGUGAAGAAGCCAUGACAGCGAGCGGGAUGGAUCCUGCUGGCUGUCCUGGCUUCGUUUUUAGCCUUGGGGCUGGGGGUCCAGGAGCAAAGGCGAGGUUGCGCGCAGCUUCGCCAUCGCUCCCGGAGCUUGCCGGGCUGGGGGGAUAGCUUCCUGAAGCCUGGAGAGUGAGAGGGGGCGGUGCGCACCGACCCCUCUCGCUCUCCAGGCUUCAGCGAAAGCCUGCAUUCGUUCCACACACAUUUUCCCCUUCAUUUUUGGAGGGGAAAAAGUGCGUCCUAUAGGGCGAAAAAUACGGUAUAUAACCAUAGUAGCCAAAGUCUGUGUUACUUUACCAAGUGUCAUUGUAUUCCUGCCAGUGACUUCAGCUGUCUACAGUUGUCUUUCAGAUAUAUUAAAAAGUUACUCCGGUCUUUUAAGAAUACUUGGUCUUCCUGGUUUCUGAACUUUCCCGUCAGCCUCGCCAUUUCUGCGUAUUCCAUCUGUCUGUCAUUUUUCUCUGGUCGAUACUUUUUCUUCUUUCCAUCUCUGGGCUAAGAGCAUCCUAGCAUCAUUGCAUACAUCAACAGUCUUUUAUUUGCUCUUUCUUUCGUUCUUUCUUUUUUCUCCCAUGCCAAGUUACAACAUAAGAUACAAAUAAAAUAAAACAAUAAUCAAAAAACUAAAACAGAGAGAAAAGAAAAGAAACAGCAACACUUACAGAACAUAGCCAAACAUACAUACAUACAUUUUUUUUAGUUCACAUAAUAUACAUUCUUUGCAACGAACAACUCCAAAAUAAGCAGACAACUCCAAAAUAAAAUCAUACGUAACAAAACCAUCAGUCUCGUGUUUUCAUUUACACUGAUCUCCUCUCUGAUACCUUUACUUAAUAUUUCUUGCUGCAUUCUGCUUUCCUGAUAGAAGCUUUAUGAAAAUUUAAAUCUCUUAAAUACUAUACCAGUCUUUAACAAUUUCAAUUAAUCCCUUCGCCUUCCUUCCCCUCAGCCCAGUACUUCCUUACACCCGUUCUUUACCUACUAUUAUUUUUGUUAUUGUUGCGUUAUUCACUUUAUUUGUUAUUCCAUCUUUGAUAUAUUAUUAUCCUAUCUCCUUGCGCCUUUUAAACUUUUGACUUCCUUCCAUCCUUUAGCGACUUCAAAUUUUCCAUUUUUCUUUUUCGUUGUGUUACAUGUAUAUGUACAUUUAUUACUUCCAGUUUUAUACCUUUCCUAACUAUUUUUUCCCCCUUAAGCCUGCAAACUUCAUUCGUCACAUAUCGAUAUAUUUAUUCCAGAACAAUGUCCCCCCCCCCAUAUACUCUUUAACACAGUCCCAUUCUUUUAUUAAUUUUUGGUCUGAUGGUCCUCUUGAGACUUCCGUUGACCUUGCCAAGUUAUAUGUUCAACAUAGUUUGAUUUGCCACACUCUUACUGAUGAAAUUCCCAAUUUUAUUUUGGUAGUUCCUCACCUAUAAUACCUAACAAAAAGGCCUCUGGUUUUUUUUUAACAAAAGUUAUCUUAAACAUUUUCUCUGGCUCAUUUUAUAUCAUUUCCCAGAAGCCACCUGCGGGGGGGGGGCAGGUUCUAGCACUGUUUAACGGUUUCUAGCACUGUUUGACGGUUUCUAGCACUGUCUGACUGUUUCUAGCACCGUUUGACGGUUUCUAGCACCGCUUGACGGUUUCUAGCACCGCUUGACGGUUUCCAAGCACCGUUUGACGGUUUCUAGCACCGCUUGACGGUUUCUAGCACCGCUUGACGGUUUCUAACACCGUUUGUCGGUUUCUAGCACCGCUUGACGGUUUCUAGCACCGUUUGACGGUUUCUAGCACUGCUUGACGGUUUCUCUUUCCUCUCCCCAGCCCCCUGGUGUCAGCAUGGAGGGCGGUGUGGACGGCCCCAUCGGAAUCCCCUUCCCCGACCACAGCAGCGACAUCUUGAGCAGCCUGAACGAGCAGCGGAACCACGGCCUGCUCUGCGACGUGGUGAUCCUGGUGGACGGGCAGGAGUUCCCCACGCACCGCUCGGUCCUGGCGGCCUGCAGCCAGUACUUCAAGAAGCUCUUCACCUCAGGGCUGGUGGUCGACCAGCAGAACGUGUACGAGAUAGACUUUGUGAGCGCCGAGGCCCUCUCGUCCCUGCUGGAGUUCGCCUACACGGCCACCCUCACCGUCAGCACUUCGAACGUGGGCGAGAUCCUCAACGCCGCCACGCUGCUAGAGAUCCAGGCGGUCAGGGACGUUUGCACGGAUCUGCUGGACAGGAAGAUUCUGGCCAAGCACGACCAGAUGGACACAGUAGAUCAAAUUGAUCAAAGGAACCAUCUCAGAGCGAAAGAAUACCUGGAGUUUUUUCAGAGCAACCCCAUCAAUGGGCAGCAGGGCACGUACCCAUGGACCAACCCGGACUUGAGGGACCUUCAGCGGCUCGGCUUCCGGGGCCCGGAGGUCAAGGAGGAGCCGGACUGCAACGGCCUGGACUUCUACACUCAGGCCGCCCUCAGCGACAGACCAAAGGCGAACGACGGCGACCCCGACGGCAAGAUGUGGCUGGACGCCGAAGAGGCCAAGGCGGCCGCCGCCCAGGGACCCUUGUUCCCCGCCUCGCAGAAUGGACAGUACGGCGGGCACGGCCUGGCCACGGUGCCCGGGGAGGACGAGGCGGCGGCUCAACUGGACCAGCAGGAGGCGGGGGGCUCCCCCGCCUUCGUCCCCGGGGAGGGCGAGGAGGCGGACCCCCGGGAAGUGGACGGCCUGGCUGCCAGCACCCUCCUGCAACGGAUGAUCAAUUCCGUGGAGCGGCAGCAGCUGGCCGAGGACGACCGCAAAGACGACGACGGAGUCAUGGAUUAUUACUUGAAAUACUUUAGCACUUCCCAAGAGGGGGGCGAGUACCCGUCCUGGUCCCACAAGUCGGAGAAGAAGAUCCGGGCGAAAGCAUUCCAGAAGUGCCCCAUCUGUGAGAAGGUGAUCCAAGGGGCGGGCAAACUCCCUCGCCACAUCCGGACCCACACGGGAGAGAAGCCGUAUGAAUGUAACAUUUGCAAAGUUCGGUUUACGAGGUGAGCACGGGGAGAGGGGGCGGGCUGGGGGCGGGUCCGCAGUGUUGCCCCCCUCCCGAAGAUCCCAGUCCUUACUACUGUGAGAAUAUUAUUUAUCGUUCGUUCGUUCGUUCUAAAUUUUCGUAAAUUUAUGCACUGCUUAUACAAGGCGAUUUGCGAAAGAUGAAACAAUCGAGGGGUGGAAUUGUAACUGUGCUUUGCAACAUACAAAGGUUCAAAUACAGUGGUACCUCGGUUUCCGAACGUAACCUGUUCCGGAAGACCGGUCGAGGUUCGGAAACGGAGGCGCAAAAUGCGGCCUGCAAAUUUAAUGGAGGAAAAUAACAUAGGCUCAGUGGAAGCCAUUUUGACUUCCGAGGCGCGUUCGAAAACGGAAGCGUUUACUUCUGGGUUUAUGGCGUCCGAAACGUUCGUCAACGUUCGAAAACCGAGGUACCGCUGUACUAAAAUAGUUUGCAACCACCACAACUUUUCUAAGCAUCUGGGUAGGUUUGUCUAAGCAGGAGAGUGGGCGCGGUGAAGGCUUGCUCUCAAUAUAUCGGCAGGGAGUUCCGAAGGGGAGACGCCACACGAAAUGCUUGGAAGUGAAUUUCAGAUAGGCCUGAAUUACGCUUCUUGAGGUGAGUGGUGCUGCGGUUUUGACCUCUUUUCCUGCCUCCCAGCUAGAUUUCGAUGUCUUUAUAUACAUAUUCCCCUCUAGUAGGCUCAGUUGGGUAAGAAUCAAGUACGGUUUAACCUCGGUUGUCAAACAUAAUCCGUUCCGGAAGACCGUUCAACUUCCGAAACAUUUGACAACCGAGGUGCGGCUUCCGAUUGGUUGCAAGAGCUUCUUGCACUCAAGCCGCGUCAGAUGUUUGGGUUCUGAAAAACGUUCAAAAACCAGAGCAUUUAGUUCUGGGUUUUCGGCGUUCGGGAGGCAAAACGUACAAGUACCACGGCGUUCAAAAACCAAGGUUCAACUGUAUACAUUUCCAGAGUUAACACAAAAUACACAACCUCUGGUCAGUGAGCCACCAUAGCUGCUAGAGGGCCGUGAAAAUUUGUGUCCCGGGCUAUUCAGAGUCUUCUAACCACGUACUAGCUGAAACCAGAGGGGUGCAAGGCUUGUCAUGUGUGAUUCCUUCCCCCCCCCCCCCCCAGUUCUCCUAUCUCACUUUUAUUUAAAAUGCAUCUCUGGUUUAUUUGUGGGGCAUAGGAAUUCGUUCAUAUUUUUUUUCAAAAUAUAGUCCGGCCCCCCACAAGGUCUGAAGGACGGUGGACCGGCCCCCUGCUGAAAAUGUUUGCUGACCCCUGAUCUAAAUGCUGCAGGUGGGGCGGAAUUGCCAGAGAUCAUUUGGAACUGAACUGUUGAUUUAAGCAGAGUCUUGUUGCCAACGGAAGGAUGAGGAAAAUGUGCUGCAUACUCUAUAUUGCUUUUAUUUACAGUUCAAAGCUGGUAUAUUACAGAAAGACAUCUUGCCUCUGCAAGAGCAGAAAAUGCAUCCUCUCUCCUCGACAGCUUGGAGAGAAUCACACAGUGAAAAAACAGGAAACCAGUGUACGUCACAUCCAGUCUCCCUUUCCCGUGAGAAACUCCAACAGUACAGACUGUGGAAUGUAAAACAAUGUCUUGUGACUGCAGUUGCUGCUCAGUGAGGGAAAUAGAAACCAACAACCUCACCCUUUCUGUGAACAUCACUGGGCAGCGUGUUUGUACAGUAUCAGUACAAACCCAACUUCUGCACAUAGGUACAGUGUUGAUCCCUUGAUACAAUCUUGGACAAUACAUCAGCAGGAAUUUCAUUACCUGGCAUAUAGGACACCGUUACGAGUCCCUUCUGAAUACAUUCCCUAGCAUGCUGCAACUUUAAUUGCAAGUGCUUUGUGCUUUGCUUACAACCUUCAGACUUCAGCAAAGCCAAACAUGCUUUGUUGUCCUGGUAAACCUGGAUUGGACAUUUGACAGGAAUUUUCAUAUCUUUGCACAAUUGUACUAACCAUUCACAAUCCUUAAGUGAAUAAGACAGUGCAUUCAGUUCAGCUUCACAAGUACUUAAGCUAACUGUUGUUUGCUUCUUGCAUGACCAAUCAAACAGACUCUGAUUGUACAUGUAGCAAACUCCAGACGUACUUUUCCUGUCUGUAGCGUCACUUCCAAAACUUGCAUCUGCAAAUAUCUCAAGACCACCAGACUUCUGAUUGUUAAAUCUCAGUCUGUAAUGCAUAGUGCCUUUCAAAUACCGCGCUAUGCGUUUCAGAGCUUUCCAAUCCUUGACACUAGGAUUGUUGACUUGUCUGCUUAGCAAAUUACAGCUAACAGCAAUGUCUGGUCUUGAACAUCUGGCAAUGAAGUUUAGCUUGCCUAGCACACUCCUGUACAGUGUAGUGUCAGAAAAUGCUUCUUCAGUGUCAUCUACCUGAUAACCUGUUGUCAUCGGUGUGUCUACAGGGUUAGCAUCCAUCAGAUUUAGUUUGCUUAACACAUCAGCAAUUUUCCGUGACUGGUGUACUAGAAUGUUACCAUCUUGAUCUCUCUCUAUUUCCAGAGAUAGGUAGUUGUUUACCUCACCAAGAUCUUUCAUGUCAAAGUGCUCUUUCAGUUGAGCUAGGGCGCUAUUGUACAUUGCAACAUCUUUCCAAAAGAAUAAUAAAUCAUCAACAUAAAACAAACAGUACAGUUUCUUUUGCCCCUCCUCUUUGACAAAUACACAUGGAUCAGCUUUCCCUUGCUGAAAACCUAGAGAAAACAAUACUUCAGUGAGUUUUGUGUGCCAACACCGUGCACUUUGUUUGAGACCAUAAAGGGAUUUCUUCAGAGCACAAACAAAUCCCUGUUUUACCUGUACGCCAUCAGGUGGAAGCAUAUAAAGUGAUUCAUCUAGAGAUCCGUACAGAAAAGCUGUAUUAAUAUCAUGGUGACUAAUGUGUAGAUUUUCCUCUGCAGCUAGCUUGAGCAUAAGCCUAAUGCUUUCAUAUCUCACUGUGGGUGAAUAGGUCUCGUGAUAGUCUUGACCUGGUACCUGUGCAAAACCUCUGGCUACCAAUCUGGCUUUGUGUCUGACUAUCUUGCCAUUUUGAUCUGUCUUCGCUUUGAAGACCCAUUUGCUUCCAAGCAGUUUCAUUCCUGGAACUACUGGAACUAGCUCCCAUGUUUUGUUCCUUUCUAAGGAAUCAAGCUCAGCCUUCAUGGCAUUUAACCAUGGCUCAGCUUCCUUUGAAUCCAAACCCUGGAUUUCUUGGAAACUUGAAGGUUCAAAUACCUUCUUGGAGCUUUUAACAGCUGUUACUGCUAUCUUAGCAAACUCAUCAGCAAAUCUCUUUGGAGGUUUGCCUUUUGUGGCUCUCUGUGACCUACGAAUUAGCCUUAAGUCUUCAACACUCUCCUCUUCCUUCUUAGGAGAAAAACGACCUAUUGUGAACAAUGGUUCCUCCAAUUCUUGAUCAGAGCUUUCAGAGGGUCGCAUAGAGGCUUUCGCACUCUUGAAAUCCUCUGAAUCACCCGAUUCAGUUUCAGAUUCAGACUCAGAACCUUCAUCAGUGGGUGUGGGUUGUUGUGGUUGCUUUUGACUAUCCUCAGUCUCAUCACCGUCAUCAGGAUAACAUUGGAAAAUUCCCACAUUCUCCCCCACUUUGCAUUGUACUCAACACUUCUCGUGAGCUUAAUUGUCUUAGAGUCAGUCAUCAUUAUUCUGUAAGACCCUUUCUGAUAACCUAGAAAGAUACCAUGCAAUCCACGCUUGUCUAACUUGGAGUUUUGUGGUGAGCGAACCCACAUGUCAGAACCAAAAAUCUUCAUGUGUUUGAUGUAUGGCUUCUUGCCAAACAUCUUCUCAUAGGGGUACAACCAAUCGCUGAAGAUAAUCUGCGAUUGUAACUGUAAACAAAACACGAGAGAGAUUCGGCCCAAUAACUCUCUGGAAGAUUGGCAUCAUGCAGCAAGGUCUUUAACCCUUGAAGCAAUGUCUGAUUUGCCCGUUCCGCAAGUCCAUUCUGCCAUGGCGAGCGAGGACUAGACAAAUCGUGUUGAAUUCCUUUCUCAGUCAGAAAAGCUUCAAACUGCUGAGAAGUGAAUUCCCCCCCGCGAUCACUGAAAAGAGUCUUUAUCUUCUUACCAUGCACAUUUUCCAACCAAGCACAGAAUUCCUUGAACCUAGGAAAAGCCUCUGAUUUCUGCUUGAGAUUGUACACAAAAAUAUAUCUAGAAAAUGCAUCAAUGAGAACCAUGAAGUAUCUAUUUCCACCCAAAGAGGGCGUUAGUGGUCCAACCAAAUCAGCAUGAACAACCUGGUAUGGUUCUGUAGCUUUCCUACUAGACACCUUACCUUUCGCAGCCAUUUUCACUUUGUUUGCUGCGCAUGCUUUGCACUUCAUGUGGUACCUGCAGGGUUUAAUAGUCAUACCUUCAACCAAGGCAGGCAUUUUAGAUACUGCCUCAAAAUGCAAAUGACCAAAUUUGCGAUGAAAAUCGUGAAUACAUUCUGCAUGCAAACUUUUGUUAGAACCUGCAAUGCAACAAGUGUCAUCCUGCACCACAUCAUCAUAAUACAAAACAAACAAAUGAUCAACAUAUUCUGCAUGCAAUACAUAAUCAUUUUUCUUUGUGAUGAUGCACUUCUUGUUCUUGAAGGAAACGUCAAUGUUCCGCUCAUUCAGCUGUCCAACGCUGAGCAGAUUAUGUUUGGCGUCUGGCACGUAAAGCACAUUCUGUAUCGAUAAGUCCAAACUGUGAAGAACAACAGUUCCGUAGCCUUUACUGGGAAUAGUGUGGUCAUCCGCCUGGUGAAUCGCACCUUCCUGCGGUGUAAAAGACACAAACAGUUUCUUAUCGUUGCACAUGUGGUGGGUGGCCGCUGAAUCAACAACGAAGAAAGAUCUAGACGUCUUCUGGACCUCUGCAACCUUUGGAGUGAAGCGUGAAACCAUAGCCUUGUGCUGCGUUGUCCUAGACACCGGACCUUUGCCUUUGCCUCGGCCUUUUCCGCGCGAUGAGCUUUCGCUGCGCUGCUCUGUCUUGGCCCUGGGAUGUCUGCAUUCCCUCUUCAUAUGGCCUAGACGUCCACACGAGUAGCAUUUCACUGCCUUCAAAGCUUUGGCGCCAUCUGGUGGUUCCACUGCACUAUGGGAUGACGUCUGUGAAGACUCCCCUUGCCCAUGCAGCUAGCACCCCGGCGAUCUGCUUCAUUUAAAAUCACGGCAGUAACAAAGUCCACUGUCAGCUGAGCAGUUGGUUGCACAGCAAUCUGGGUUGCAACAGACUCCCAACCUGAACCCAAAGAUUGUAGUAUCAUGAAAGAAUACACAGCCUCUGGAAAGUUGAGUCCUCUCUGUUGCAGCUCAUGUCUCAGAUUUUGCAUCUCCAUCAGAUGUAAACGCACAUCUCCACCUUCAGCAAGAGCCAUAUUGUGCAGCUUGUUAAAGUAAUACAUAGUGGAUCCAGCUUCUGUCCUUAAGUGAGCCUCUCUCAGAGCGUCCCAAAUUUCUCUGGCUGAGGUCUUAUCACGCAAUAGACAGAGCUCUUCUGGGGAUACUAUCAAUGUAAGAGUUCCCUUGCUUUGGAAUCCUUAGCUUCCCAUGCAUCUGUAACUGGAACUGGGGGUUUCUGUAAUCACCUCAAACAAACCCUCUUUCCGCAGAAUUGCCUCUGCAUACUGAACCCAGUCGGCGUAAUUUUUCUUGUUGAGCUUAGGAAUCCCACAAGCAUCCUGAAGGGCCAUCAUGACUCUGGCAUUAGCCUUCAGCGUCAUAUGCUGCUUUAAAUCUUGCUGCGUCACUGCUGCAGCUGCUUUAUUACAAAGGCACACUUAAAAGUUACUUUCGAUUUCCCCAGCAUAGUGACUUGUGCCUGGGAGCCUUUUGCCUAUUCCCGGCAAAACCGGCUUUAAAAGUUCAAAGUCCAGCCAUAAAGCCAUUAUCUUGAAGCUGGCAGGCUGCCCGGAGCAGUAGCACAUACCUCAUCAAUCACUUCUACGCGCAGAGCAGAUUCCUUUCCGAUCCGUCCCUCUGCAUUCCGAUCUGCCGGCACUCCGAUUCGACCUCUGGGCCCAUAACCACGUGUUGAUUUAAGCAGAGUCUUGUUGCCAACGGAAGGAUGAGGAAAAUGUGCUGCAUACUCUAUAUUGCUUUUAUUUACAGUUCAAAGCUGGUAUAUUACAGAAAGACAUCUUGCCUCUGCAAGAGCAGAAAAUGCAUCCUCUCUCCUCGACAGCUUGGAGAGAAUCACACAGUGAAAAAACAGGAAACCAGUGUACGUCACAUCCAGUCUCCCUUUCCCGUGAGAAACUCCAACAGUACAGACUGUGGAAUGUAAAACAAUGUCUUGUGACUGCAGUUGCUGCUCAGUGAGGGAAAUAGAAACCAACAUGAACUGCGAACUGACCGUGAACUGAAUUAGUUCGCUUCUCUUUGGACGUAUUGGAACAUUUAAAAAAAUGAACUUUCCAAGUUCUCCAGGUCAGCUGUACGAAAUUUUAAGCACAGAUGUGGCCAGGGAAGGGGGGGAUGGCAUUGAAAACAAUGUGGAUUUAGAGCAUUGAAACAGCGUUCUCUGUUAAUCCGACCUCUCGGGGGGGAGGCGGGUUUUGGUGGACAAGACCCCCCCCCCAAUGGCCUGCUCAGGUGUGUGCCAGCAGCCUCCCCAAAUACAAGCGGAUGUCUUUGAACACACCUAGAGAGGAAUUUGAAAGGUGUUUUAAGAUCCACAACCCAUAAUUUGCCCUUCCCUGUCAAUGCCCCAAGUUACUGGAGGAACAAAAUUGCACCCAGGAAAACAAGGUAGGAAACUUUUUGCAAAAAGGUGUGUUUGUUUUUAACCUGUUGCUUUAGUUUUUGUUGUUUUUGGUUUAUUUCUUGCUCGUUAUGAUACGUUUUAUUUAUUUAGUAAAGUUUAAAACUUUGCAGUCACAUACCGAACGUACAACAUAGAAACAAGAUUCCAGAGAAUUUCCUGCACUUCCCUCUCCCCACUUUGUGGGUCCUGUUAUUAAUAAUUUCCUCCUGCAUCUUUUAUGAUAAUCCCACAUCUUUUAUCUCUCUCCAUUGUGUCCAAAAUUCACCAUUAAACUACAAAAGUGAUAGUCCAAUCCUACUAACGAUUUUAAACUUUAAACUACAAGUGAUAUUCCAAUCCUACUAACGUCUUUAACUGUUUACAAUGGUUUUUAAGAUAUGUUUUAAGUUUCCCCCAUUCAUUAUUAAAAAUUUUGGUCUUCCUGAUUUCUGAUUCUUGCGGUCAUUUUAGCCAUUUCGGCAUACAUCCAUCAACUUGAUCAGCCAUUCUUCUCUGGUCGGGACUUUAUCUUCUCUGCAUCUCCAAAAAGUUAUUAUUAUUUUCCUCAUUAUUAUUAGUUUAUUCCAUUUGUACCCAACCAAUGAGGGACGCGGGUGGCGCUGUGGGUUAAACCACAGAGCCUAGGGCUUGUCGAUUCGAAGGUCGGCGGUUCGAAUCCCCGCGACGGGGUGAGCUCCCAUUGUUCGGUCCCUGCUCCUGCCAACCUAGCAGUUCGAAAACACAUCAAAGUGCAAGUAGAUAAAUAGGUACCGCUCCGGAGGGAAGGUAAAUGGCGUUUCCGUGCGCUGCUCUGGUUCGCCAGAAGCGCCUUAGUCCUGCUGGCCACAUGACCCAGAAGCUGUACACCGGCUCCCUUGGCCAAUAAAGCGAGAUGAGCGCCACAACCCCAGAGUCGGCCACGACUGGACCUAAUGGUCAGGGGUCCCUUUACCUUUACCUUUACCCACCCACUGAGCUGAGCGGGGCUUCAAACCCUGUUCUCCCAGGUCUCCCAAUCUGGUUAUCAUUAUAGGACACCCUGGGUAUUUUCCAGGGAAGCAACAUUCCAAGCUUUGGAAAUAAGAAUGUGCUUAAAAGUUGGCUCUUUGUAAGCCAAAACUCACUGCCAGAAAAUUGGUCCAGGGGCAGGAAGCUAGAUUCAACAUACCUGAGGACUAGUAACUUUGGGAGGCUUGUUGUGAGCUGUUACUCUUUUGCUUUUGUUGUUUUGUUUUUUUGGACUGUGGGCCUCCUAGAUAUACAGUCAUACCUUGGUUUUCAAACAGCUUGGUUCCUGAACGUUUUGGCUCCCGAGCGCCGCAAAGCUGAAAGUGACUGUUCCGGCUUGUGAACUAUUUUUGGAAGCCAAACGUCCGACGGGGCUUCUGAUUGGCUGCAGUAGCUUCCUGUUGCCAAUCAGAAGCCGCGCUUCGGUUUCCGAACGUUUUAGAAGUCAAACAGACUUCCGGAACAGAUUCCGUUCAACUUCCAAGGUGUGGCUGUAUGCAGUUUCUUACCAGGUUGCCAUUUUAACUACGUUUGAAAUGACGGCAAGAGGUUGUUCAUAUGUGUAUUUCACAGUAUGUUUUCUAGCUGACAAGAGACAAUUAUUCCUCUAUAAUAAUAAUAAUAAAUAAUCUAUUAUUUAUACCCCGCCCGUAUGACUGGGUUUCCCCAGCCACUCUGGGCGGCUUCCAACAAAAUAUUAAAAUACCAAAUUGAAGGAGCCAUUUGGCACCUAGAUUAUAUAUCUGAGUUUCUAACAAAGCCCAUCGCCAAAUCUUUAGCUCCACGUGGUCAUGAUUUUUGGCCCCUUUGCUGGCUCAGGUUGAUGGGAUCUAGAGUUCAGUAAUGCCCAACGGGCUGCUGCAGAGUCCUACUCGGAAGAAAACCUGUAAGUGGCUUAAAAAGGUCCAGCUCCAAGGGCCUUCUGGCGGUUCCCUCGCUGCAAGAAGCCAAGUUACAGUGAACCAGGUAGAGGGCCUUCUCGGUGGUGGCCCCCACCCUGUGGAACGCCCUCCCACCAGAUGACAAAGAGAAGAACAACUAUCUGACAUUUAGAAGACAUCUGAAGGCAGCCCUGUUCAGGGAAGCUUUUAAUGUGCUGACAUUUUAAUUUAUUUUUAAUCAUUGUUGGAAGCCGCUCAGAGUGGCUGGAGAAACCCAGCCAGAUGGGCUGGGUACAAAUAAUAAAUUAUUAUUAUUAUUAUUAAUUACUCCAAAAUGACCCCCAGGCUGCGCACCUGGUCCUUCAGGCACACGCUUGCCCCAUUCAGGACCAGGGAGUCCCCCACACCUGCCCGCCCCCUGUCCCCCCCUCCAAAAAAAAACCCAGUAAAAAGGUAAAGAUACGCCUGAACAUUAGGUCCAGUCGUGGCCGACCCUGGGGUUGCAGCGCUCAUCUCGCUUUACUGGCCGAGGGAGCCGGCGUACAGCUUCCGGGUCAUGUGGCCAGCAUGACUAAGCCGCUUCUGGCGAACCAGAGCAGCGCAUGGAAACGCCGUCUACCUUCCCGCCAGAGCGGUACCUAUUUAUCUACUUGCACUUUGACAUGCUUUCGAACUGCUAGGUUGGCAGGAGCAGGGACCGAGCAACGGGAGCUCACCCCGUCGCAGGGAUUCGAACCGCCGACCUUCUGAUCGGCAAGUCCUAGGCUCUGUGGUUUAACCCACAGCGCCACCCGCGUCCCAUAAAACGACAACAGUACUUCUGUCUUAAAUCUUCCCUCCGUAACUUUUCCUUCCUCCUCUUUCCGACACAGGCAGGACAAGCUGAAGGUUCACAUGAGGAAACACACCGGCGAGAAGCCCUAUCUUUGUCAGCAGUGUGGGGCGGCGUUUGCCCAUAACUACGACCUGAAGAACCACAUGCGCGUCCACACGGGCCUGCGCCCCUACCAGUGCGAGAGCUGCUUCAAGACUUUUGUCCGCUCCGACCACUUGCACCGGCACCUUAAGAAGGAUGGCUGCAACGGGAUCCCUUCCCGGAGGGGGCGCAAGCCCCGCGUGAGAGAUGCCUCCGCGCCCCCCGCCACCCCGGCUUCCAACCCCGACGACGGGAGCCUGGCGGGCGGCGAGGAGGCCCACGAAACGCAGGAUGCGACUGCGCCGCAGGACGGCUUAGAACAGCACUUUGACGGGAGUUCCAGCGCCAAAGCGGCGUCGGGGGGUUUGAAUGUAGGGGGGGUGAAGUCCGAGGGCGAAACGGAAGAACUCUCCUAAAAAAAAAAAAAAAAAACAACCAAAAAAAAACCCGUAACGAGAAAAAAACAAAAGGUGUCACAAAAUCUAGUUAUAACUUUUCCUCCAG